AUGUCAACAGCAUCAUCAGCAACCAAUUCAACCCAACAGCAGCAACAGAGGGUCAAGCGCAGCGGUGACGGCUCCCCAACUAUCAUCUUUCCAGCCGGCUGCAGCAACGGCAACACCACCACGAUCCGGUUGCAGCCUAUUCGUGCCACGGUGCCGUACCAGCUCUUGCGUGGAAGUCAGCACAGCCCAACCCGCUCCUGCUCCUCUUUAUUCAUAGUCGCGAGCAAUACAGGACCGACGUCGACGUCCCGUUGCAACAGUCCCGGCAGCCCGACGCAGCUGCUGCUCGAGAAUCCGGUUGGAAACGGCUCCGUGGAGGGCAGGCUGGUCGCAAGGCAAAGACGCUCGCCGCCGGACAGCAAGAGCUCACCUGAGCGGUGUCCGAACUCGCCUGUUUUCAAAGGUGCGGUAGUACCCUCUUGUCCAUAAUUUAUUGCAUCCAAAGCUAAGUAUGCUAGCUGUUGCUAUAACUAGCAAGCUAAUUGGGUCAAGCUAAUAUUAUUUUGCUCAACAUUGUGUGUUUAUAAGCCCAUAUAGCAAAUAACAUACAUUGCUAACCCUGAAAAUGCUGUAAUUUAUUGCGCAUGUAGUAGUAUGAAUGAUUAUGCACCCAAUAGCCAAAUGUUGUCAUGUUAAAAUAAUGAAUUGGCAUCGAGGGGAUACUUUGAAACCAUACAUAUGCAUAUUAACUAUGUUGUUUAAUUUUCAAACAAUUGCUUUGGGCUUUCGAUUUAUGUCUCCGUGGCUAUUAUAUUAUUAUGGUGAUGAUGCAGUUACUGUACCUCCAGCCAGCGCGCGCCAGUUAAGAUAAAUACGGGUUACAUUUCUAGAAUACUGGCAACGGCAACCACAUAUUGGACAUGUUAAAAUGAUUAAAUAAAUACCGAUCAUGAUUAGUGUGACAUGUUCAUUUAUUUAGGUAUUUUCUCAGAAAUGUACGCUUGUUGACCGGCGCGAAGGAAUGGAAAAAAUUACGUUGUUGAGGGAAGGUCGCGCGCUUAAGGCAACACUGGGGCCUAGCAGGAGCGAGCGCAUCUCGAGAUGUAAACACGAUGAUUAUAUUGCAAGUGCUGCUUCUGCUCGUUGCAAAUAGGUUUUUCUAAAGCAGCAGUGUUAUUUGACACCUUACAGGAGAGUACAAUUUACUCCAUUUGACAGAUGAGUAAAUACAUCCAUCGAAGAGGUGGAAUGCUAUUAGGGAGUGCUAUUCUUUCCCAGCACUUAUGAUGGCAUGGAUUCUAGAAGAGGUAGAGACAGGGUAUUCCAAUGCAUUUUUCUAGCCAACAGGUCCACAAUAUGCUGUCUCUAUUCACCCUCUUUCAAAAUAGGAGACUCCAAUAGCCUAGGUGUGCAAUGCAAAUUCUGCAGGUCUAGUAGUACUGUCUGCUGGUAGUACUACUGCUUUGACAAUGGGAUACCAUGGCCCAGAAACCCCUAGAAAGCCUUGACCCUUGACCUUUCUCUGUGUCAAGCCAGAGAUGAUGGAUGCAAUAUGGUGAGGUCACUGGUGACCAGAGGUUCUGCAUAUUUUAGGUGCAGGGCAUUGGACAGGGGGCACCACGACUGGGGUUGAAUUCCAUUCCGCAUUUCAGUGCACAGAAUGGAAAAGCACCCCUAAAUGAGCCGUUUUAUCAUAUAAUCUCAUAGAAAGCAUAUGAUAUUCAAAAGGCUAGAUUUCUCAGCUUGGUAACAGUUUGUCGUCUGUACUGUAGUCAUUUUGAAUUAGUGGACAGGUCAAACAUGUAGGCUCUAGUCUCCUCCAAAUAAUGACAAGUGACAACCACAUGAAAUAGUGAAAGUAAUUUGAUAAUAUUGAUGUCCUCUGUGUUAGUAUGCUGCGCUUGUGCAGUCAUUGUUGGCAGCCCUAUGUGCUAUGCAGUCAUUAGUACUCAUCUAUUAACAAUAUUCUGUUCCUACAUUAGCAUUGAGGUAGUGCCUUGGGUCCUGUGUGUGUUGGUUAUGCAGCAUGCACAAGUCUGUGCAAAAAUGUUGUUUGUUUGAUAAUGGGUGACAGGCAGGUCUGUUAGGAGACAGGCUGUUCAUUCCUUCCUGCUCACACUGGUUGGUCACUGCUGAAAGUGUUCCGUUGUUCAGGCCAUGGCGACAUAUUCUGACGUUCCAUCACAUUACCUUUUAAAGUGGAAAUUUGAAACUUUUUGGCGACUGACCAAAUUCACAUAGAAAUGUGAGUUAUAUAUCUAUCAUUCAACUUGAAAGCAAGUCUAAGAAGCGGUAGAUCUGCUCUAUGUGCGCUAUUUCUAUGCUUCCCGUUCUUAAGUUUUGUUUUUGUUGUCUUUUCAUUUCAGUUUUGUACACCAGCUUCGAACAGUUGAAACAACAAUAUUUUUGGUUAUGGAAAAUAUACUUCACAGCUGUUUAGAUGGUACAGUGAUUUUCUACACUAUACUUGCUUAUUUUGUCACAUAAACUGAAAUUAAGCGAACUAGUAGAGUUUAAGCUACCAGGAAAUGGUGGAGCAUUUACUGCAUAGUGCAACUUUAACCAUGACGAUGAUGUCAUCUAGCUUAUAUGAACCAAAAAUAUAGGAAGGUGUUUAAAACCAUCUGUUUGAAGUUGGCUGACACUGUCAGUUCUGUGUUGGAGUAGAGACAGGCCUAACUCUCAUUGCUACAGGGGUGUUAUGUUGAGGCAUUGAUUCUGCACUGCUGCAACCUAACUAAAAUAUGUUAGAGACAUGCUGCUUGCAUUUCCAUAGCAUAUUGAAUCUGGCUCAUAUCCCAUUAUGUAUAGAAUAAUCAAUACCUUGUUGUACAAAUGGAGGAUUCGUGAGACGAGAAGUGGUGAAGCUGUAAAGUUGUGCCGUUAUGGUUUCAGGUCUUUAAGCGUAUAGCUUGUAAAGCAAGCUUGUAGAGGACUGUAGGCUGGGAGUGAUUUAGAAUACAUAACUCUGGCAUGAACAGCUUUAAUGGAGAAAAUGAAACCGUUUUAUCUUCAGGUAGUAAGUGGGGUGGGGGGGGGGGUUCUGUGCCUGUCAAGUUAUGAACAGUGGGACAGUGAAUAUGUUUACGUAGGUGUUAUCUAAUCUAAUAUAUGUUCCUUUUGACACUUGAAGUCAUUAACUACAAGGGACUUCUUGUGAACUCUCUCCAGGUAUAACUUCAGAGAGAGAGGGUUGUAAACUACGCUGAAAAGUGUUUGUGUGUGUGACGCAUCAGUUAAUUAGCCAGUCCACUACGCACUCGUGAAGCUGGAAAACAAUGUCAAGGCAGCUUCCUGUAAUAGGCUUGGCAUUAAAGGAACACAACACAACAACAACCACCUACUUCCUGAUGAAAGGAUCCAAACUGCAGAUCUGUGAGCUACGUCCUAUAUUAAGCUAGUGCACUACUUUUGACCAGAGCCACAGGCAUCCAAAAUGGCACCUAGUUUACUACUUUUGGACAGAUCUAUAGGGAUCUUUCAUGUAAAGUGCCUGUUCUGCUAGUGACAGUCUUUCUGUGACCCUGUGCUGAACCAUCAGACAGAUUUAAAGUGAGAGUGGGAUUAUGACUGAUUGAACAGGUGACAUCAUCACCUCGAACAGUGAACACAACCGGUCUCUCUUCGAAACUACAAUAUGGUCAAUGUUGCCUUUAAAUAGUAAGGGGUUGAAUGAAAGAGUUAGUUGUGCAGAUAGAGAUGGAUUGCGUAUCUUGUGUGAAUGCUGUGCAUUCAACCUCUGGCAACACAAAGACUGUGGGUUCAAUUCCUGCAGGGAUCACAUGCAAACUCAAAAUAUAUGAACUCUCUACUGCAGGUGGCUUUGGAUAACAGCGUCUGCUAAGUGGCAUGUAUUAUUAUAUUAUUAACCCCCUUUGUAAACCUUUCAACACUGUUCGGAUACACAGUAAGAGUGAUUUCAUCUACACCAUUAUUUAAGAACUAUAAUUUUGAAUAAUCGCAUACUUUUCUGUCACAACUGUCAAAUAAGUGUCCCAUAGCUUCUACAUCAAAGGCUAAGCCUAUAUCUUGGCUAGAGAAGCUUGUAUCUGUGACCAGACCCAAAUGUUAGGUUAUUUCAACUCAUUCCUUCUAUUGUUUACAUCUCAAUUUUUGGUCUGGCUGAAAAUCAUUGAAAUCGCCGGAAAGCAUAUACACACAGGGCAUCAUUCCAAAGUGGGAAUAUGUGUUUUUCUUUAUUUUUUGUUGGUAUGAUGAUGGGAGCUCUCAAUGUAGAGGCAGGAAGUUCAGUUUCCAAAAUAGUUGUUUAGCUGAAGUUCUUAUCCAGAGCCACUGAUUUUAUAGCUGGUUUGUAUGUAUAGGCCAGAGAUCGGCAAAAAUUUCCAUGGGAGAGUAUCAUCAAAACUUUUGGAAUGGAGCUAUCUUGGCCUGUUUCAUUAAAUCAUUCAAUGUUUAGGUUAGUUGUUGUUUUAGUCACAUUAAGUCACAUGUAAGUAGUCACAUAAUGUAAACCUGUGAAUGGUCAUGCUAUAGUCAAUAUGCUAUAGAAAUUGAGUCCAUAACGAUAUUAGGGUUAUUGAAUGACCUGAGACUGAUGGUUAUUGCAUGUUUUAGCUGUUGUUUCUGUCACAUAUGUAACCUAGGCCUAAACCUGUGACAUUGUCCUGUUAUUACAGGUGUUCCAUAUGUAAGCAUGUGUUCCCUCAAACAUUGUUCUGGUAUGAUGUGGGAGAGUUUCUCUGUCAUUCAACACCAUUCCUUUCUCUCUGUUUGUUCCCCUGGUAAUGGUCCAUGCCUCACCAUUGUUCAGCAUCUUAGGGUUAACUGCAAGGUUGCACUGUGCAUUUAUGAGCGUGUCAAAGGCUAUGGUAUGGCAAUUUGUGUUAUUACUGUAGGUGUUAGCCUAUGGCCUGAGGAGAAAGUAUGUAGGCUUAGAACAGUCUUUGUAACUGUCAUGGCUUCAUUAGUAGUAGGCCCUGAAUAGUACUGUGUUUUUGUAACUGCCAUGUGGCUUUAUUUAAAAUGAUUACUUAUAGUAGGCCUAUUCCAUAUAGUAUCGUAUUCUAUAUUUUCCAGCUCUGUUUAACUAUUAUUUUUUUAAAACUGACUGCAGGUUGGCCUAGCAUGGGAACCAAGCAGAUUUGACUACGUUUCUAUCGUGAGAGCAGCUGUCUGGUUGGCUCUCUAUCUAAACCUUGUGAAACCUGACUGUAACCAUUAGUCCAAUGUAACCAUUGGACUUUAUUUUGAUAAGGUCCCCUGAAGAGCUCAGUUUAUAUGUUUAGUCUUUGAUAUCUGACUGGUGCCGUUGGUUUUCUAACCUUCCGCGUGACAGUGUGUCACACUACCUAGCUUUGAAGAAGACAUCGCAAUGUCUGUUUUGAACAUUUGCAUAUACAGUACCAGUCAAAAGUUUGGGCACACCUACUCAUUCCAGGGUUUUUCUUUAUUUUUACUAUUUUCUACAUUGUAGAAUAAUAGUGAAGACAUCAAAACUAUGAAAUAACACAUGGAACCAUGUAGUAACCAAAAAAAGUGUUAAACAAAUCAAAACAUGUAAUAUUUUAUAUUCUUCAAAGUAGCCACCCUUUGCUUUGAUGACAGCUUUGCACACUCUUGGCAUUCUCUCAACCAGCUUCACCUGGAAUGCUUCUCCAACAGUCUUGAAGGAGUUCCCAUAUGUGCUGAGCACUUGUUGGCUGCUUUUCCUUCACUCUGCGGUCCAACCCAUCCCAAACCAUCUCAAUUGGGUUGAGGUCGGGUGAUUGUAGAGGCCAGGUCAUCUGAUGCAGCAAUCCAUCACUCCUUCUUGAUCAAAUUGCCCUUACACAGCCUGGAGGUGUGUUGGGUCAUUGUCCUGUUGAAAAACAAAUGAUAGUCCCAGUAAGCGCAAACCAGAUGGGAUGGUGUAUCGCUGCAGAAUGCUGUGGUAGCCAUGCUAGUUAAGUGUGCCUUGAAUUCUAAAUAAAUCACUGACAGUGUCACCAGCAAAGCACCCCCACACCAUCACACCACCUCCUCCAUGCUUCAUGGUGGGAACCGCACAUGCGGAGAUCAUCCGUUCACCUACUCUGUGUCUCACAAAGACACGGCGGUUGGAACCAAAAAUCUCAAAUUUGGACAGAUUUCCACCGGUCUAAUGCCCAUAGCGCUUGAUGGUUUUUGCGACUGCACUUAAAGAAACUUUGAAAGUUCUUGACAUUUUCCGUAUUGACUGAACUUCAUGUCUUAAAGUAAUGAUGGACUGUCGUUUCUCUUUGCUUAUUUGAGCUGUUCUUGCCAUAAUAUGGACUUGGUCUUUUACCAAGUAGGGCUAUUUUCUGUAUACCACCCCUACCUUGUCACAACACAACUGAUUGGCUCAAACAGAUUAAGAAGGAAAGAAAUUCCACAAAUGAACUUUUAACAAGGCACACCUGUUAAUUGAAAUGCAUUCCAGGUGACUACCUCAUGAAGCUGGUUGAGAGAAUGCCAAGAGUGUGCAAAUCUGUCACCAAGGCAAAGGGUGGCUACUUUGAAGAAUCUCAAAUAUUACAUAUACAGUUGAAGUCGGAAGUUUACAUACACCUUAGCCAAAUACAUUUAAACUCAGUUUUUCACAAUUCCUGACAUUUAAUCCUAGUAAAAAUUCCCUGUUUUAGGUCAGUUAGGAUUUUUAUUUAUUUUAUUUCACCUUUAUUUAACCAGGUAAGCCAGUUGAGAACAAGUUCUCAUUUACAACUGCGACCUGGCCAAGAUAAAGCAAAGCAGUGCGAUAAAAACAACAACACAGAGUUACAUAUGGGGUAAAACAAAACAUAAAGUCAAAAAUACAACAUAUAAUAUAUAUAUACAGUGUGUGCAAAUGGAGCAAGUUAUGGAGGUAAGGCAAUAAAUGGGCCAUAGUGCAAAAUAAUUACAAUUAGUAUUAACACUGGAAUGAUAGAUGUGCAAGAGAUGAUGUGCAAAUAGAGAUACUGGGGUGCAAAUUAGCAAAAUAAAUAACAAUAUGGAGAUGAGGUAGUUGGGUGGGCUAAUUUCAGAUGGGCUGUGCAGUGAUCGGUAAGGUGCUCUGACAUCUGAUGCUUAAAGUUAGUGAGGGAGAUAAGAGUCUCCAGCUUCAGAGAUUUUUGCAGUUUGUUCCAGUCAUUGGCAGCAGAGAACUGGAAGGAAUGGCGGCCAAAGGAGGUGUUGCCUUUGGGGAUGACCAGUGAGAUAUACCUGCUGGAGCGCAUACUACAGGUGGGUGUUGCUAUGGUGACCAAUGAGCUAAGAUAAGGCGGGGAUUUGCCUAGCAGUGAUUUAUAGAUGGCCUGGAGCCAGUGGGUUUGGCGACGAAUAUGUAGUGAGGACCAGCCAACAAGAGCAUACAGGUCACAGUGGUGAGUAGUAUAUGGGGCUUUGGUGACAAAACGGAUGGCACUGUGAUAGACUACAUCCAAUUUUCUGAGUAGAGUGUUGGAGGCUAUUUUGUAAAUGACAUUGCCGAAGUCAAGGAUCGGUAGGAUAGUCAGUUUUAUGAGGGCAUGUUUGGCAGCAUGAGUGAAGGAGGCUUUGUUGCGAAAUAGGAAGCCGAUUCUAGAUUUAACUUUGGAUUGGAGAUCCUCAAUGUGAGUCUGGAAGGAGAGUUUACAGUCUAACCAGACACCUAGGUAUUUGUAGUUGUCCACAUACACUAGGUCAGACCCGUCGAGAGUAGUGAUUCUAGUCGGGUGGGCGGGUGCCAGCAGCGUUCAAUUGAAGAGCAUGCAUUUAGUUUUACUAGUGUUUUUAAGAGCAGUUGGAGGCUACGGAAGGAGUGUUGUAAGGCAUUGAAGCUUGUUUGGAGGUUUGUUAACACAGUGUCCAAUGAAGGAUGUAUACAAAAUGGUGUCGUCUGCGUAGAGGUGGAUCUGAGAUUCACCAGCAGCAUGAGCGACAUCAUUGAUAUACACAGAGAAAAGAGUCAGCCCAAGAAUUUAACCCUGUGGCAACCCCAUAGAGACUGCCAUAGGUCCAGACAACAGGCCCUCCGAUUUGACACAGGAUCACCACUUUAUUUUAAGAAUGUGAAAUGUCAGAAAAAUAGGAGAGAGAUUGAUUUAUUUCAGCUUUUAUUUCUUUCAUCACAUUCCCAGUUGGUCAGAAGUUUACAUACACUCAAUUAGUAUUUGGUAGCAUUGCCUUUAAAUUGUUUAACUUGGGUCAAACGUUUCGGGUAGCCUUCCACAAGCUUCCCACAAUAAGUUGGGUGAAUUUUGGCCCAUUCCUCCUGACAGAGCUGGUGUAACUGAGUCAGGUUUGUAGGCCUCCUCGCUCGCACACGCUUUUUCAGUUCUGCCCACACAUCUUCUAUAGGAUUGAGGUCAGGGCUUUGUGAUGACCACUCCAAUACCUUGACUUUGUUGUCCUUAAGCCAUUUUGCCACAACUUUGGAAGUUUGCUUGGGGUCAUUGUCCAUUUGGAAGACCCAUUUGCGACCAAGCUUUAACUUCCUGACUGAUGUCUUGAGAUGUUGCUUCAAUAUAUCCAAAUAAUUUUCCUUCCUCAUGAUGCCAUCUAUUUUGUGAAGUGCACCAGGCCCUCCUGCAGCAAAGCACCCACACAGCAUGAUGCUGCCACCCCGUACUUCACGGUUGGGAUGGUGUUCUUCGGCUUGCAAGCCUUCCCCUUUUUCCUCCAAACAUAACGAUGGUCAUUAUGGACAAACAGUUCUAUUUUUGUUUCAUCAGACCAGAGGACAUUUCUCCAAAAAGUACGAUCUUUGUCCCCAUGUGCAGUUGCAAACCGUAGUCCGGCUUUUUUAUGGCGGUUUUGGAGCAGUGGCUUCUUCCUUGCUGAGCGGUCUUUCAGGUUAUGUUGAUAUAGGACUCAUUUUUACUGUGGAUAUAGAUAAUUUUAUACCUGUUUCCUCCAGCAUCUUCACAAGGUCAUUUGCUGUUGUUCUGGGAUUGAUUUGCACUUUUCGCACCAAAGUGCGUUCAUCUCUAGGAGACAAAACGCGUCUCCUUCCUGAGUGGUAUGACGGCUGCGUGGUCCCAUGGUGUUUAUACUUGCGUACUAUUGUUUGUACAGAUGAACGUGGUACCUUCAAGCGUUUGGAAAUUGCUCCCAAGGGUGAACCAGACUUGUAGAGGUCUACAAUUUUCUUGCUGAGGUCUUGGCUAAUUUCUUCUGAUUUUCCCAUGAUGUCAAGCAAAGAGGCACUGAGUUUGAAGGUAGGCCUUGAAAUAUAUCCACAGGUACACCUCCAAUUGACUCAAAUAAUGUCAAUUAGCCUAUCAGAAGCUUCUAAACCAUGACAUAAUUUUCCUGAAUUUUCCAAGCUGUUUAAAGGCACAGUCAACUUCGUGUAUGUAAACUUCUGAAUUAUAAGUGAAGUAAUCUGUCUGUAAACAAUUGUUGGAAAAAUUACUUGUGUCAUGCACAAAGUAGAUGUCCUAACCGACUUGCCAAAACUAUAGUUUGUUAACAAGAAAUUUGUUGAGUGGUUGAAAAACGAAUUUUAAUGACUCCAACCUACGUGUAUGUAAACCUCCGACUUCAACUGUAUUUUGAUUUGUUUAACACUUUUUUGGUUACUACAUGAUUCCAUAUGUGUUAUUUCAUAGUUUUGAAGUCUUCACUUUUAUUCUACAAUGUAGAAAAGAGUAAAAAUAAAUGAGUAGGUGUGUCCAAACUUUUGACUGGGACUGUAUAUCCAUUCCUUUACAGUUUUUCCCCCUUGUUCGACAGGGAUUUACACAUCGUUGCAUCAGAUAUUAUCAAACUGAUGUUUGUUUUUCUCGUUCCCUUAUGUUGAUAUUAAUGCUUGUUUUGCCAACUAUGACAAAAGAGGGAGUGUUUUAGAUGACCUUUAUUUGUGACAGAUGUUUUCAGUUCCCUAGGCCAAUGGUAACAUGUCUGUGUAUGUAUGUUCUGUGUAGCUUUUUCCCUAUACUAUGUCACUUUUUGGAAAAGGUCAAACACACACCUUGUUCUGACCUGGACUGAAAGAACUCUCCUAAGGUGGUUGGUGUAGUUUGUUAGUCAUUGAAUACCUACAUAACGCAAAGGCCUAGGAUUGAGGAGGCACAUGCAAACUCAUAUUUACACACACACACACACACACACACACAGACAGACACAUGCGAUCUGUGACAGCACCUGGCAGAGUCAUGCUCCUCUCUCUCUCUCAUCUGCUCUCAGGAAACUGGAAAAAUAACUGGGAGCGAAAGGUGUAUGUGCCAGGAUGCAAGACACCUAAUGCUGUAGGUCUAUAGGACUAGAAGAAGCCUGUCCAGUAGACCUAAUGUUGUGGGUCUACUAGGCCCUAGGACAAGCCUGCACAUCUCGGUGGAACACUUUAUCCGUUUGGAGCUCAGACCGGUUCCACCUAGCCUCAUCAUGAGCAAUAAUCUUCUAUGUGUCACUUCCUAGUGUAACUAGGCUAACCAUUACAGACACAGCCCGAGGCUGCAGAGCUGGUGUGAGGAAGGCCUACACUCUUAGAAAAAAGGGUGCUAUCUAGAAGCGGCUGUCCACAUAGGAUAACCCUUUGAAGUAGUGUUGUCACGAUACCAAAGUUUUACCAAAGAUACCAGGCCAACUAUCAUGAUACCGCGGUACAAACAUUCUGAGUGGCCUAGCGUCCUGUUCGCCCGGUCCCACCGACGCUUGUUCCUGUUUUCUAAAUGUUAUGUGCAUGUGCUACACAAAAAAACAUGUCACUGAUAUUCACACUUCUAACCAGUACAACACAUAGAAUUUAACUUCACACUGUUCACUGUAUAAUAGAUACUGAAUAGAAUGGCUGAUUUGCUCAUAUUUGCAAAGGCCUACCUGUGAUUUGGCUGGAGGAAUGGGAGGAAGGAAUAUACAUGAAGAGUGAUCUGCAUGUCACUGUGGCAGUAAGGGGAAAACACUGCAUGAAACCCUCUUUACUCUUCAGUAAGCACACAAACGCACACACUCUUCCUCACACACUCUCUCUGUUUCCCUCUCAUACUUACACCACACUCUCUCUCUCUCUCUCUCUCUCUCUCCCACAAACACAUACACACUGCUCCCAACUUUAAAAACGUUAGGCACCAAACAUAAUUUAAGAAAUAAAUUGAUUUUUGAUAUAGUUUAGGCCUAUAUGAAUCCUACCUUUGAAGCACUUGUCAUGAGUAGCAGACCGUUUCCCUUUCUUCCUGUGCCAAUCAAAUUAGCCUAGACCUACUGUCAAGUUACCAGGUGGUUAGCUAGCUAGGUAACAUGGCUGAACAACAUUGUUUGUUAUCAAACCAAUAAUUAGUGACCCGGGAUAUAUAUAAUAUAUAUAAUUUAAAAGGGCCCGCGACAUGGUUUGUGAAAUUAUAUCAAAUGUGCUUGAAAUCGCGCAGGAAGAAAAAAGGUAGCUCUGGUAAUAUGAGUCAUAUAUAUUUUUUGCCGUUUUGAGCUAGAGACAAGUCGUUUUCAUUGCUGUAAAGCUGCAAGCAUGCCUGUUGCGAAUCUGUUUCCCCUCUCUGGCACUGAUGGGUGACAGCGAACUUGCAAAGCCUACUCAGACUGCCCUGUGGUCUUAUACCAGGGAGGGAAUAUACAAUGUAUCAAACUAUGCUCACUCUGCUCCAAUGUAUAAAAUGUACAAAAUGUAACAGAAGACUUAUCAGGGACUGCAUCACCACUCGCCAUCUUGGCUAAAUUAUAAAUAAAAAACUGAUGGAGGAAAAGAUGCGCAGGAGUAGUUGAAGGAGAGAAGCAGGUGAGUGAUGGGUGGAAGGGGAUGCAGCUGGCAGGUUACAGCUGCCACGUGAUAUGCGCAUGAAAGUGAAGUGGACAUUAUUGGACUGGCGCAAACAAGAGAAUAGUUGCUGUUGCUUAAAUUUUUUUACUGAAUUUAUUUAAAAAACUGACUUUAUAAACAUUUUAUAAGAUUCGCCAGCUGGUUCUUUAAAUCGGUAGGGCUGAAAAAUAUGGUAGUAUCAUAUGAAACGGUACUAUGGUAUUCAAAAAUGUGGGUAUCAUAAGGAUCAUGACGUUUUCGUACUGUGAUAUUACCGUGGUUCCAAUAUACCGUGCAACACUACUUUGAAUAACCUUUGUUGGUUCCAGGUAGAACCAAUUUGGGUUUCAUGUAGAACCCUCUGUGGAAAGGGUUCUACAUGGAACCCAAAACGGUUCUACUUGGAACCAAAAGGGGUUCUUCAAUUCCGGUCCUGGAGGGCCGAAACACCUCUGUUUUUCAUCCUCUCCUUCUAAUCAGGGGCUAAUUCAGACCUGGGACACCAGGUGAGUGCAAUUAACUACCAGGUAGAAAUAAAAAACAGAAGUGUUUUCGCCCUCCAGGACCGGAAUUGAAGAACCCUGUCCUAUGGGGACAGCUGAAGAACCCUUUUAGGUUCUAGAUAGCACAGUUUUUUUCUAAGAGUGUAGUAGAACAACAAACAUUUUAAAUGAUUAAGUUACAACAUACAAAUCAAAUGAUGAAAAGUCCAAUAUGUUUGAAGAGAAGUGUGUUAGGGCUGCACGAUAUGGGCAAAAUAUUUGUAUAAUUUUACUAAAUUGCAAUUGCGAUUUGACUUGCAAUAUACAGUGCAUUCGGAAAGUAUUCAGACCCCUUGUCUUUUUCCAUAUUUUGUUACGUUAUAGACUUAUUCUAAAAUUGAUUAAAAAUAAUGUAUUUUCUCAUCAAUAUACACACAAUACCCCAUAAUCACAAAGUGAAAACAGGUUUUUAGAAAUUUUAGCAAAUGUAUUUAAAAUUAAAAACAUACCUUAUUUACAUAAGUAUUUAGACCCUUUGCUAUGAGACUCGAAAUUGAGCUCAGGUGCAUCCUGGUUCCAUUGAUCAUCCUUGAGAUGUUUCUACAACUUGAUUGGAGUCCACCUGUGGUAAAAUUUAACCCAUUUUAGAAUAAGGCUGUAACGUAACAAAAUGUGGAAAAAGUCAAGGGGUCUGAAUACUUUUCGAAUGCACUCUAUAUAUCAAAACACUCGGGUGAUCUGUUGGAAUCAUAGAAAUAUAAUUAUUUAUAUUAAAAAGCAAAGUGGAAAGCAGCAUCCUUUUUGUUUGGAAUAAUCUGAUCACUGCAUUUGACCUAACAGAACAGCAUGCAAACGUAUAGUGAAUCUAACAGCGAGGAGGAGGAACUGCGCUGCUUGAUUGACAUGCUUGGUGUGUGUGGGAAGCAGCCGCAAGAGGAGCAAAGACUGGAGUAAACUAUAAAAAUGGACGUUUCACACGGCUGAGUGGAGUUUCAAAAUAUUGCAUGCGAUGUGGAUCUCUUGCGAUAUGGAUAUUGCACAUUGUAAUAUUGCAAUUUUGAAUGAGAAUUAGAUUAAUUGUGCAACCCUAACAUCCAAACAAGUGUUAAAAUGCGACAAUUCUAAAGCUUCCCAGAGCUUUUGUGUUUAGUCUGAAAAAGACUUCAAGCCAGACAACCAGAUAUGCUGAUUUAGCUUUCUGAGAAGAAACACAAGCAGCAUCUUUUGAGAAGAGCUCUGCGUAUUAUUUCCUCUUUCUUACUUCCUGUUCUUCUUCAGACUUCUGCCGACCUGAUACAGCUAACUGCUGCUUGACAUAGUGUGUCAGAUCACAGCCAAGGCCUUAUUAUUAGUUCCCUCAGAAUGUACUAGUGUAGUCCAGUGGAUUUGCCCCAGGUCACCCUGCCCUGUGCCUUUUCUCAGUGGACUUUGAUCCGACUAAGGCCUACAGGGCUUGUCAGUCAGCUCAGGGGCAGGGUAAGGGGGCCCUCCGCCUUAAGCCCACCUAGUACACUUAAGGACAAAACACUGCUGUGCUAGGUUCUUUGAAAAACAUGUCAAAUGCUUCACUCAAAACCUGCGAUCAUAGCCGUACAUUGAGGUUUUGCAGCACAGAAAAAUAAAAUAUAAACAUUUACUCAAUAUUUCCUAGUUAUGAGAGGCUUCAGCAUAGAUCAAGUCCUCCAUAAAUCAGAGGUGUUACGGUACACAGCACCAGUCUGUUUCAUGUCAUACUGGAAUGUUGUUCUUAGAAACCUGGCCUGUUUGGUCAACUUUGCUGAAGGCCUAUAUAUACAUUAGCUAGUACCGUGUGAGUUGAAGCCUUUUGCUUUUGAAAAUUCUAGCCCCAUACAAGGCCACAGGGUUAGGAGGGCUUAAAUAUUGUUGUUUCUAUCACACACACACACACACACACACACACACAAACACACAUACACACACAUACACACACACUACCAGUCAAACGUUUUAGAACACCUACUCAUUCAAGGGUUUUUCUUUAUUCUUUUUAUUUUUUUUACAAUUUUCUACAUUGUAGAAUAAUAGUGAAGACAUCAACACUAUGAAAUAACACAUAUGGAAUCAUGUAGUAACCAAAAAAGUGUUAAACAAAUCAAACUAUAUUUUAUAUUUGAGAUUCUUCAAAUAGCCACCCUUUGCCUUGAUGACAGCUUUGCACACUCUUGGCAUUCUCUCAACCAGCUUCAUGAGGUAGCCACCUGGAAUGCAUUUCAAUUAACAGGUGUGCCUUCUUAAAAUAAUGUAGUUCCUUCUUAAUGCGUUUGAGCAUAUCAGUUGUGUUGUGACAAGGUAGGGGGUAUUCAGAAGAUAGCCCUAUUUGGUAAAAGACCAAGUCCAUAUUAUGGCAAGAACAGCUCAAAUAAGUAAAGAGAAACAACAGUCCAUCAUUACUUUAAGACAUGAUGGUCAGUCAAUACGGAACAUUUCAAGAACUUUGAAAGUUUCUUCAAGUGCAGUCGCAAAAACCAUCAAGCGCUAUGAUGAAACUGUCUCUCAUGAGGACCGCCAUGAUGAAACUGGCUCUCAUGAGGACCGCCACAGGAAUGGAAGACCCCGAGUUACCUCUGCUGCAGAGGAUAAGUUCAUUAGAGUUACCAGCCUCAGAGAUUGCAGGCUAAAUAAAUGCUUCACAGAGUUCAAGUAACAGACUGUUCUCAACAUGAACUGUUCAGAGGAGACUGUGAAUCAGGCCUUCAUGGUUGAAUUGCUGCAAAGAAACUACUACUAAAGGACACCAAUAAGAAGAAGAGACUUGCUUGGGCCAAGAAACAAGAGCAAUGGACAUUAGACCGGUGGAAAUCUGUCCUUUGGUCUGGAGUCCAAAUUUAAGAUUUUUGGUUCCAACCGCCGUGUCUUUGUGAGACGCGGUGUGGGUGAACGGAUAAUCUCUGCAUGUGUAUUUCCCACCGAAAAGCAUGGAGGUGUGGGGGUGCUUUGCUGGUAACACUUUCUGUGAUUUUAUUUAGAAUUCAAGGCACACUUAACCAGCAUGGCUACCACAGCAUUCUGCAUCGAUACGCCAUCCAAUCUGGUUUGGGCUUAGUGGGUCUAUCAUUUGUUUUUCAACAGGACAAUGACAUAACACACCUCCAGGCUGUGUAAGGGCUAAUUUUACCAAGAAGGAGAGUGAUGGAGUGCUGCAUCAGAUGACCUGGCCUCCACAAUCCCCACACCUCAACCAAAUUCAGAUCUUGGGAUGAGUCGGACGGCGAGUGAAGGAAAAGCAGCCAUCAAGUGCUCAGCAUCUGUUGGAACUCCUUCAAGACUGUUGGAAAAGCAUUCCAGGUGAAUCUGGUUGAGAGAAUGCCAAGAGUGUGCAAAGCUAUUAUCAAGGCAAAGGGUGGCUAUUUGAAGAAUCUCAAAUAUUAAAUAUAUGUUGAUGUUUUUUUAACACUAUUUUGGUUACUACAUGAUUCCAUAUGUGUUAUUUCAUAGUUUUGAUGGCUUCACUAUUAUUCUAUAAUGUAGAAAAUAGUAAAAAUAAAGAAAAACCCUUGAAUGAGUAGGUGUUAUAAAACUUUUGACCAGUAGUGUACAGUCGUGGUCAAAUGUUUUGAGAAUGAUACAAGUAAGUAUUGGUCUUCACAAAGUUCGCUGCUUCAGUGUUAUGAGAUAUUUUUGUCAGAUGUUACUAUGGUAUACUGAAGUAUAAUUGCAAGCAUUCCAUUAAGUGUUAAAGGCUUUUAUUGACAAUUACAUUAAGUUUAUGCAAAUAGUCAUUAUUUGCAGUGUUGAAUCUUCUUUUUCAAGACCUCUGCAAUCAGCCCUGGCAUGCUGUCAAUUAACUUCUGGGCCACAUCCUGACUGUUGGCAGCCCAGUCUUGCAUAAUCAAUGCUUGGAGUUUGUCAAAAUGUGUGUGUUUUUGUUUGUCCACCCGCCUCUUGAGGAUUGACCACAAGUUCUCAAUGGGAUUAAGGUCUGGGGAGUUUCCUGGCCAUGGACCCAUAAUGUCGAUGUUUUGUUCCCCGAGCCACUUAGUUAUCACUUUUGCCUUAUGGCAAGGUGCUCCAUCAUGCUGGAAAAGGCAAUGGUCGUCACCAAACUGUUCUUGGAAGGUUGGGAGAAGUUGCUCUCGGAGGAUGUGUUGGUACCAUUCUUUAUUCAUGUCUGUGUUCUUAGGCAAAAUUGUGAGUGAUCCCACUCCCUUGGCUGAGAAGCAACCCCACACAUGAAUGGUCUCAGGAUGCUUUACUGUUGGCAUGACACAGGACUGAUGGUAGCGCUCACCUUGUCUUUUCCAGACAAGGUGUUUUCCAGAUGCCCCAAACAAUCGGAUAGGGGAUUUAUCAAAGAAAAUGACUUUACCCCAGUCCUCAGCAGUCCAAUCCCUGUACCUUUUGCAGAAUAUCAGUCUGUCCCUGCUGUUUUUCCUGGGAGAGAAGUGGCUUCUUUGCUGCCCUUCUUGACACCAGGCCAUCCUCCAAAAGUCUUCGCCUCACUGUGCGUGCAGAUGCACUCACACCUGCCUGCUGCCAUUCCUGAGCAAGCUCUGCACUGGUGGUGCCCCGAUCCCACAGCUGAAUCAACUUUAGGAGACUGUCCUGGCGCUUGCUGGACUUUCUUGGGUGCCCUGACGCCUUCUUCACAACAAUUGAACCUCUCUCCUUGAAGUUCUUGAUGAUCCGAUAAAUGGUUGAUUUAGGUGCAAUCUUACUAGCAGCAAUAUCCUUGCCUGUGAAGCCCUUUUUGUGCAAAGCAAUGAUGACUGCAUGUGUUUCCUUGCAGGUAACCAUGGUUAACAGAGGAAGAACAAUGAUUUCAAUCACCACCCUCCUUUUAAAGCUUCCAGUCUGUUAUUCUAACUCAAUCAGCAUGACAGAGUGAUCUCCAGCCUUGUCCUCGUCAACACUCACACCUGUAUUAACGAGAGAAUCACUGACAUGACGGCAGCUGGUCCUUUUGUGGCAGGGCUGAAAUGCAGUGGAAAUGUUUUUUGGGGAUUUAAUUCAUUUUCAUGGCAAAGAGGGACUUUGCAAGUAAUUUCAAUUUAUCUGCUCACUCUUCAUGACAUUCUGGAGUAUAUGCAAAUUGCCAUCAUCAAAACUGAGGCAGCCGACUUUGUGAAAAUUAGUAUUUGUGUCAUUCUCAAAACUUUUGACCACGACUGUACACACACACCAGACAGUGUUGCUAGACCAAACACACAGCCCUUGACCCAGAUCCUCAGGUCCCAGUGAGCCUGGAGAGAGCCUUGUGUGUGUGUGUGAGGUAUUUUUAUCAGGUUUUGCCUCACCGUGAGGGAGGACUGGCUGGGCUUCUCCAAUGGUAACCAAGUCAACCUGCAGUCUCUGACAACAACACAGUGACAUUGUUGUCUCAGUCUGCAUCCUCACAAAUUGCCUCUAGAAAAGAGAUUGUGGGGAUUGCUUCUGACUGUACAGAAUGUGAAGGUGGAUUGGCAUAGUAAUCUGAUCAGUUGUGAAUAGAUUAUAAACACAAACGUAUUGGACUGGAUCAGGCAUUGUCUUUUGAGAGCCUCCUCAAUUAAAAUGUCUCUCUCUCCCCCCUCCAGUAGAGAGGUCCAAACCCCAGCUGCAGGUGCGUAACUCGGGAGCCAUCCGGCGGACUUCCUCCCUGGGUACCAUCACUGGCCCCUACCUCACUGGCCAGUGGCCUCGCAACCACCAUGUGCACUACCCCUCGUGCAUGAAAGAUAAAUCAACUCAGGUAGGGGCCUCCUCACUUCCAGUCCCCCUACCCUACCCUUCAUGUUUCACGCUUUGUUCGGUCCCCCUACAGAGAUUAAUGCAUGUGGCAUUUAAUUCAACAAGAAAGAACUGACGAUAUUCCAGCUAGAAGAAACUAGAUUUUUUGUUAUCUCUGGUUUAUUGAUUGCUCUGGUUUGCUGAUCUGCAGAGUUUGAUCUGCAAAGCAUGCUAGUUUUGAACUAGCACACUGAGGUGAAGGACAGGUAGGAUCUUAAUUUUACAUACUGUGCCUUCGGAAAGUAUUAACACCCCUUGACUUUUUCCACAUUUUGUUAGGUUACAGACUUAUUCAAACAUUUAUUAAAUAGUUUGUUCCCCUCAUCAAUCUACACACUAUUUUCAGGUCUCUCCAGAGAUGUUAGAUUGGGUUCAAGUCCGGGCUCUGGCUGGGCCACUCAAGGACAUUCAGUCUGAGGUCCUGAGUGCUCUGGAGCAGGUUUUCAUCAAGGAUCUCUCUGUACUUGGCUCCGUUCAUCUUUGCCUCGAUCCUGCCGCUGAAAAACACCCCCACAGCAUGAUGCUGCCACCACCAUGCGUCACCAUAGGAAUGGUGCCAGGUUUCCUCCAGACGUGAUGAUGCUUGGUAUUCAGGCCAAAGCGUUAAAUCUUGGUUUCAUCAGACCAGAGAAUCUUGUUUCUCAUGGUCUGAGAGUCCUUUAGGUGCCUUUUGGCAAUCUCCAAGUGGGCCGUCAUGUGCCUUUUACUGAGGAAUGGCUUCCAUCUGGCCACUCUACCAUAAAGGCCUGAUUGGUGGAGUGCUGCAGAGAUGGUUGUCCUUCUGGAAGGUUCUCCAAUCUCCACAGAGGAACUCUAGAGCUAUGUGAGAGUGACCAUCAGGUUCUUGGUCACUUCCCUGACCAAGGCCCUUCUCCCCCGAUUGCUUAGUUUGGCCGGGCAGCCAGCUCUAGGAAGAGUCUUGGUGGUUCCAAACCUCUUCCAUUUAAGAAUGAUGGAGGCCACUGUGUUCUUGGGGACCUUCAAUGCUGCAGAAUUUUUUUGGUACCCUUCCCCAGAUCUGUGCCUCGACACAAUUAUGUCUCGGCGCUCUACAGACAAUUCCUUCGACCUUUGUUUGUGCUCUGACAUGCACUGUCAACUGUGGGACCUUGUAUAGACAGGUGUGUGCCUUUCCAAAUCAUGUCCAAUCAAUUGAAUUUAAUACUGGUGGACUCCAAUCAAGUUGUAGAAACAUUUUAAGGGUGAUCAAUGGAAAGAGGAUGCACCUGAACUCAAUUUAGAGUCUCAUAGCAAAGGGUCUGAAUACUUAUGUAAAUAAGGUAUUUCUGUUUUUUAUAUUUUUAUAAAUGUGCCAACAUUUCUAUAAAAAACUGUUUUCUAUUUUAGAAUAAGGCUGUAACGUAACAAAAUGUGGAAAAAGUCAAGGGGUCUGAAUACUUUCCGAAGGCACUUUAUAUUGUCACAGCAAAAUAAUCCUGCAGCAACAGGAUUUGAACAUUUAGACCACAAUGUUUAUUAAUCUAUGGUUAGGCUAUGAGCUUGCCGGAAAUUUCGCAGCAACAAAAGUGAUCAAAUUAACAUCACCGUAGGGAAGUGGGCUCUUUCAAGUUACUAGUGGCAGUCCAGUUUGUACAGUACUCAGUCACUGAUUCACUUACCCACACAGAUAUGAAUUAGCCUCUGUUGCCCUCUUUCACUGGUCUACACACCCUGUUUCCACCAGUCACUUUGACGUUUACCACCUACGCAUCUGUGGGCCUGUCUAGCCUUACUAUAGAUUAACUAGCCUGGCUCUCUGUAUUAACCUGCCUGACAUUCUUUGUAUUGACCAAGUAGGCCCUGGGCGUCAUGGCAGCACAUAGGUGUCAUUGUGGAGAACAUGUGAGCGCCUGUCUGUCUGUGUGACACACUGCUUCUGCUUGUCAGAGGAAGUCAACUGUUUGUACUGUACCACGUUGCUGCCAAUCCAGCUGCGGCUGGAAUUUUCCCUUCCUCCUCCUUGUCAUUCUCCUCCUCCUCUUUCUCCUUCUUCCACUCCUCAACUUUUCCUCGUUCUAUUCUGUAAUUCUCACCCAUUGGGUCUGUGACCUAGAAUGUUCUCCUCCUCCCCCUUGUCUUCCUCCUCGACUUCCUGGUCCUAUUCUGUACCGUGCUGUGACCUGCAACCCCCACACCAUCCUUCCACGUUAUGACAGACAUGCCCAAACACAUAGCACUAAGAUUAUGCCGAGAGCAAGAAGUAUUUGUAUUUAUUAUGGAUCCCCAUUAGUUGCUGCCAAGGCAGCAGCAACUCUUCCUGGGGUCCAGCAAAUUUAAGGCAGUUAUACAUUUUAAAAGCAUUACAAUACAUUCAUAACAGAUUUCACAACAUAUUAAGUUUGUGCCCUCAGGCCUCUACUCUACUACCACAUAUCUAUAACACAAAAUCCAUGUGUGUAUAGUGCGUAUGUUAUUGUGUGUUUGUAUGCAUGUGUCUAUGUUUGUGUUGCUUCACAGUCCCCGCUGUUCCAUAGGGUGUAUUUGUAUCUGUUUUUAAAUCUAAUUUUACUGCUGGCAUGAGUUACUUGAUGUGGAAUAGAGUUCCAUGUAGUCAUGGCUCUAUGUAGUACUGUGCGCCUCCCAUAAUCUGUUCUUGACUUGGGGACUGUGAAGAGACCUCUGAUGGCAUGUCUUGUGGGGUAUGAAUCGGUUCAUUCAACAUGUCAAUACCUCUCAUAUACAAGUAGUGAUGAAGUCAAUCUCUCCUCCACUUUGAGCCAGGAAAGAUUGACAUGCAUAUUAUUAAUGUUAGCUCUCUGUGUACAUCCAAGGGCCAGCCGUGAUGCCCUGUUCUGAGCCAAUUGCAAUUUUCUUAAGUCCCUCUUUGUGGCACCUGACCACACGACUAAACAGUAGUCCAGGUGCGACAAAACUAGGGCCUGUAGGACCUGCCUUGUUGAUAGUGCUGUUAAGAAUGCAGAGCUGCACUUUAUUAUAGACAGACUUCUCCCCAUCCUAGCUACUGUUGUAUCAAUAUAUUUUGACCAUGACAGAUUACAAUCCAGGGUUACUACAACAUUUACAUUUACAUUUACAUUUACGUCAUUUAGCAGACGCUCUUAUCCAAAGCAGUUUAGUCUCCUCAAAUUAAUCAAUUACCAUAUUAUUCAUUACAAGAUUUAGUUGAGGUUUAGGGUUUAGUGAAUAAUUUGUCCCAAAUACAAUGUUUUUAGUUUUUGAAAUAUUUAGCACUAACUUAUUCCUUGCCACCCAUUCUGAAACUAACUGCAGCUCUUUGUUAAGUGUUGCUGUCAUUUCAGUCACUGUGGUAGCUGACGCGUAUAGUGUUGUCAUCCGCAUACAUAGACACACUGCCAGUGGCAUGUCGUUAGUAAAGAUUGAAAAAAGUAAGGGGCCUAGACAGCUGCCCUGGGGAAUUCCUUAUUCUACAUGGAAAUUGUUAUAGAACACCCUCUGUGUUCUGUUAGACAGGUAAUAGACUAUGAUCGACAAUGUCCAAAGCCGCACUGAAGUCUAACAAAACAGCCUCCACAAUCUUUUUAUCAUCAAUUUCUCUCAGCCAAUCAUCAGUCAUUUGUGUCAAGUGCUGUGCUUGUUGAAUGUCCUUCCCUAUAAGCGUGAGUCUGUUGUCAAUGGAUCUGGUCAAACACCAUUUUUUCCAAAAGUUUACAAAUGUUUGGUAACAGGCUGAUUGGUCGGCUAUUUGAGCCAGUAAAGGGGGCUUUAUUAUCAGGUAGGGGAAUAACUUUUGCUUCCCUCCAGGCCUGAGGGCAGACACUUUCUAGUAGGCUUAAAUUGAAGAUAUUGCAAAUAGGAUUGCUCAGUAAUUUUCCAUCCAAGUUGUCACACCCCAGUGGCUUGUCAUUGUUGAUAGACAACAAUAAUUUUUUCACCUCUUCCACACUUACUUUACGGAAUUCAAAAUUACAAUGCUUGUCUUUCAUAAUUUGGUCAGAUAUACUUGGAUGUGUAGUGUCAGCGUUUGUUGCUGGCAGGUCAUGCCUAAGUUUUCUAAUCUUGCCAAUGAAAAAAUCAUUAAAGUACUUGGCAAUAUCAGUGGGUUUUAUUAUGAAUGAGCCAUCUGAUUCAAUGCAUGAUGGAGCAGCGUUUGCCUUUUUGUCCAAAAUUUAAUUUAAGGUGCUCCAAAGCUUUUUACUAUCAUUCUUUGUACAGCCAGACCUAUUUGCUAUUUAUUUUGCUUCAUCCCUCUCAACCAUACAGUUUUUCAAUUCCUCAUCAAUCCACAGGGAUUUAACAGUUUUUACAGUCAUUUUCUUAAUGUUAGUGCAGGGUGAGCUGCACACAGUGGACUUCCUGCUAGGGCACACCACCUCAGUGCUAACAGUAUAACUCUGGUUCAUAGGCAUAUGAUUACUGCAUACAAUAGCUGUAGGAUCAGCAGAGGCAUUCAGGGAAGUAAGAGGGACAUAAAUUAGGUUACUUACAUUGUGUCUUCCAAUGCCCCUGGGAUAAUGUAUAUUUGCUGAAGCAUUAGGACUCAGCGACACAAUGGUAGGGAUUAAAUGAGCUGGUCUUGGGUCAUUGAUAAGUCAGUGUCUCAAUGCAGCCUUAUAAUGCUGUGAAAGGAUCCUGGAACCCAAAUGAUUUGGGUGGAUCCCAUCCUCCUUAUAAUACAAGCUUUGUUUCCAGAAGGUAUAAAAUGGUCAAUAAAUGUUACACCCACAGAGCUGCAAUAGUCUUGUAGUCAGUUAUGGAGGGCUAAAAGUCUGCUGAACCGUUAAAUUCCACGAUUUAGGGAGGGCAGAAGGCCAGAUAUUAGGGGGCAUUUGUUGGUGUCAAGUAGUGACCCAAUCAGUUCUUUAAAAUCCAUCUUUAGCUGUUCCGAGCUGCCCUUCAUAAUGUCAUUCGACCUCACAUGAACCAUGACAGUAUCAGCCCCCGAUGACCUCCUACAUCCUGUUUUUACUGCUCGGCAACCAGGGCCUAAUAACCUCCUCAGCCCAUCCAAACGCCAUAUUGCUAGAUCAUCUCAAAAACCAUAUUACUGCGGAGUCAACCUGACAGCCGGUUUACUGUAUGAAUCAACCUGACAGCCGGUUUACUGUAUGAAUCAACCUGACAGCCGGUUUACUGUAUGAAUCAACCUGACAGCCGGUUUACUGUAUGAAUCAACCUGACAGCCGGUUUACUGAAUGAAUCAACCUGACAGCCGGUUUACUGUAUGAAUCAACCUGACAGCCGGUUUAACUGUAUGAAUCAACCUGACAGCCGUUUACUGUAUGAAUCAACCUGACAGCCGGUUACUGAAUGAAUCAACCUGACAGCCGGUUUACUGUAUGAAUCAACCUGACAGCCGGUUUACUGUAUGAAUCAACCUGACAGCCGGUUUACUGUAUGAAUCAACCUGACAGCCGGUUUACUGUAUGAAGGAGGUCAGAGAUCUGGCCGUGUGGUGCCAGGACAACAACCUCUCCCUCAACGUGACCAAGACAAAGGAGAUGAUUGUGGACUACAGGAAAAAAAAGAGGACUGAGCACGCCCCCAUUCUCAUCGACGGGGCUGUAGUGGAACAGGUUGAGAGCUUCAAGUUCCUUGGUGUCCACAUCACCAACGAACUAUCAUGGUCCAAACACACCAAGACAGUCGUGAAGAGGGCACGACAAAGCCUAUUCCCCCUCAGGAGACUAAAAAGAUUUGGCAUGGGUCCUCAGAUCCUCAAAAAAUUCUACAGCUGCACCAUCGAGAGCAUCCUGACUGGUUGCAUCACCGCCUGGUAUGGCAACUGCUUGGCCUCUGACCGCAAGGCACUACAGAGGGUAGUGCGUACGGCCCAGUACAUCACUGGGGCAAAGCUCCCUGCCAUCCAGGACCUCUAUACCAGGCGGUGUCAGAGGAAGGCCCCUCAAAAUUGUCAAAGACUCCAGCCACCAUAGUCAUAGACUGUUCUCUCUGCUACCGCACGGCAAGCGGUACCGGAGUGCCAAGUCUAGGUCCAAAAGACUUCUCAACAGCUUCUACCCCCAAGCCAUAAGACUCCUGAACAGCUAAUCAUGGCUACCCGGACUAUUUGCACUGCCCCCCCACCCCAUCCUUUUUACGCUGCUGCUACUCUGUUAAGUAUUUAUGCAUAGUCACUUUAACUCUACCCACAUGUACAUAUUACCUCAACUACCUCAACUAGCCGGUGCCCCCGCACAUUGACUAUGCAACGGUACCCCCCUGUAUAUAUAGCCUCCCUACUGUCACUUUAUUUACUGUAUAUAUAGCCCUCCCUACUGUCACUUUAUUUUACUUCUGCUCUUUUUUUCUCACACCUUUUUUGUUGUUGUUUUUAUUCUUACUUUUUUGUUUAAAAUAAAUGCACUGUUGGUUAAGGGCUGUAAGUAAGCAUUUCACUGUAAUGUCUGCACCGUUGUAUUCGGCGCAUGUGACCAAUAAAAUGUGAUUUGAUUUGAUUUGAAUCAACCCGUCCAUUCCACUUUUCCUUCACUUCAGCUCUUUGUCCACAUGCAUGGAAAAAUCUGCCAUAUCCACAUGUGCAGUACGGACCUGCUCUCGUCCUCGGCAUCGGAUCAAGGUUUAUCCAUGGCUUGUGCCAUAAAGACACCUUUCAUAUGCCGAACAGUUCGAACCCUAACCAACGGAAAACCUGGAAUUUCCCUUUGGAGUGUUUGUUCAUUGACAGAACACAUGCAGGGCAGGGAUCGGUAUGCGGUCACACAUGGUCCAUUGUAAGAGGAGAGGAUAUGGUGUGUCUGUGUGCGUGUGUGUGUGUAACUCUCUCUGUGUGUGUACUCCCCCUCCUCUUCUCUUUAAAGAGGAGAUGAAAAAGGCUAUGUUCAAAGCUUUCUCUCUCUAUUUCCUGCCUGGCUUGGUGAUGGUGUUGAACUGAUUACAGAAGACAACCUUUGAAAUGUGAAGUCUCCACAGAUUAAUAGAAUAACUCAGCUCACCAUUUUACAAUAUUUACUACCGCUUCCAGCUACAGCACUGGCCUAGCACUUCCAUUGGCCCUUACAGUGUAUAUUCUCGGAUGCUUUGAUGAAGGCAUAACUGCCAAAAAUAAAAAGGUGAAAUGAGGUGACGUAUUCUACACAAAAAAACAAACCAUUUUGGAGAGCCGCCAUUUCCCAAUGUUCUUGAACUUGGGAUUUCAUUCUGUCUCUCUCGCUCUGUCUUUCUUUAUUCCCUCUCUCUUUCUUUAUUCACUCUCUUUGCCCUCUUGAAAGCAGACACACAGAGCUAGGACUAUUCUUUGUCACAGCACACACUCUAUUUAAUCCCUGUCUGAUGCCUGCCAUGUGUUGAAAGAGCCUGGCAAUAUACAAGAUGGCACUGACAGACAUGGUCGCCCUGUUUCUAGCUCCUAGCCAACUUUGCAGUAUAUAUGUUUUUUGUGUUAUUUCUUACAUUAUUAGCUCCGAACAUUUCUUGCAUUAUUACAUAACAUCCGAAAAUAACUUUGGGAUAUUACGUCCACAGUCACUCAUCAGAAAUUCGACUUCCCUGCCUCGAGGCAGUUCCAUUCAUCCCGGGGGCUGCUCCAAGACACCGUCGCCUGAGAAGAGGAGUGGGCUCCUAGUCAGACUCAGGAUGCGUGCAUACCAUCCACCGCUUCCAAGUAUAUUACUCGCUAACGUUCAGUCCCUGGACAAUAGACAAGCUCAGGGCGAGGAUCUCAUUCCAGCGAGACAUCAGGGACUGCAACAUACUCUGUUUUAUGGAAUCAUGGCUCUCUCCGGAUAUACUGUCCCCAUUCAUUCAGCCAGCAGGGUUCUUCACGCAUUGCGUGGACAGGAAGAAAUAACUCUCUGGGAAAAAGAAAGGUGGAGUUGUAUCUUUCAUAAUUAGCUACUCAUGGUGUGAUUGUGGUAACGUACAGGAACUCAAGUCCUUUUGUUCUCCCGAUCUGAAAUACCUCACCAUCAAAUGCCGACCGCAUUACCUCCUGAGAGGUAAUCAUCGUCACAGCCAUGUAUAUUCCCCCCAAGCCUACACCGUGACGUCUCUCAAGGAACUACACUGAAAUUUGUGCAAACUGGAAACUGCAUAUCCUGAGGCUGCAUUUAUUGUAGCUGGGUACUUUAUUAAGGCAAACGCUACCGAAGUUCUACACUACAUGACCAAAAGUAUGUGGACACUUGCUCGUCGAACAUUUCAUUCCAAAAUCAUUGACAUUAAUAUGGAGUUGGUCCCCCCUUUGCUGCUAUAACAGCCUCCAAUCGUCUGGGAAGGCUUUCCACUAGAUGUUGGAACAUUGAUGCGGGGACUUGCUUCCAUUCAGCCACGAGCAUUAGUGAGGUCGGGCACUGAUGUUGGGCGAUUAGGCCUGGCUCGCAGUCAGUGUUCCAAUUCAUCCCAAAGGUGUUAGAUGGGGUUGAGGUCAGGGCUCUGUGCAGGCCAGUCAAGUUAUUCCACACCGAUCUCGACAAACCAUUUCUGUAUGGACCUCGCUUUGUGCACAGGAGCAUUGUCAUACUGAAACAGGAAAGGGCCUUCCCCAAACUGUUGCCACAAAGUUGGAAGCACAGAAUCAUCUAGAAUGUCAUUGUAUGCUGUAACGUUAAGAUUUCCCUUCACUGGAACUAAGGGGCCUAGCCCGAACCAUGAAAAACCUCCCCAGAUAAUUAUUGCUCCUCCACCAAACUUUACAGUUGGUACUAUGCAUUUGGGCAGGUAGCGUUGUCCUGGCAUCCGCCAAACCCAGAUUUGUCCAGAUGGUGAAGCGUGAUUCAUCACUCGAGAACGUGUUUCCACUGCUCCAGAGUCCAAUGGCGGCGAGCUUUACACCACUCCAGCAUACGCUUGGCAUAGUGCUUGGUGAUCUUAGGCUUGUGUGCAGCUGCUCGGCCAUGGAAACCCAUUUCAUGAAGCUCCCGACGAACAGUUAUUGUGCUGACGUUGCUUCAAGAGGCAGUUUGAAACUCAGUAGUGAGUGUGGCCACUGAGGACAGACGAUUUUUACGUGCUAUGCACAUCAGCAUUCGGCGGUCCCGAUCUGUGAGCUUGUGUGGCCUACCACUUUGCGGCUAAGCCGUUGUUGCUCCUAGACGUUUCUACUUCACAAUAACAGCAGUUGACCGGGGCAGCUAUAGCAGGGCAGAAAUUUGAUGAACUGACUUGAUAGAAAAGUGGCAUCCUAUGACGGUACCACAUUAAAAGUCACUGAGCUCUUCAGUAAGGCCAUUCUACUGCCAAUGUUUGGCUAUGGAGAUUGCAUGGCUGUGUGCUCGAUUUUAUACACCUGUCAGCAAAGGGUGUGGCUGAAAUAGCCGAAUCCACUAAUUUGAAGGAGUGUCCACCUACUUUUGGAUAUAUAGUGUAUCAACAGAUCUCCUGUGCUACUCGCGCAUCGAGCACUCUUGACCAUUGCUACUCCCCCUUCCAAGACGGCUACAAGGCCCUCCCCUGCCCUCCCUUAGGCAAAUCAGAUCACACCUCAAUUUUGCUCCUCCCCUCCUGUAGGCAGAAACUUAAACAGAAAGUACCCGUGGUAAGGACUGUUCAACAUUGGUCUGACCAAUCGGAAUCUAUGCUUCAAGAUUGUUUUGAUCACGCGUACUAGGAAAUAGUCUGACUUGCCUCUGAGAAUAGUAUCAACGUAUACAUUGACUCAGUGACUGAGUUCAUCAGGAAGUGCAUGAAGGAUGUUGUUCCCACUGUGAUGAUUAGAACUUAUCCAAACAAAAAAAACGUGGAUUCGUGCAAACCUGAAAGCGUGAACCACCGCAUUUAACCACGGCAAUGUGACUGGGAACAUGGACAUGAGACGUAUGUGGCAGGGACUCCAGACAAUCACGGAUUAUAAAAGGAAAGCCAGCCAUGUCGCGGACACCAACGUCUUGCUCCCGGACACGCUAAACACAUUCUUUGCCCGCUUCGAGGAAAACACUGAGCCGCCGACGCGGGCCACCGCCGCUCACGAGGACUGUGAGCUCUCAUUCUCCGUGGCAUUGUAAGACAUUUAAGCGUUUUAACCGUCGCAAGGCUGCCGGCCCAGAUGGCAUCCCAAGCCGCAUCCUCAGAGCAUGUGCAGUCCAGCUGUCUGGAGUGUUUACAGACAUAUUCUAUCUCUCCAUAUCUCAGUCUGUUGUCCCCACUUGCUUCAAUAUGUCCACCAUUGUUCCUGUACCCAAGAAAGCGAAGGUAAUUGAAAUAAAUGACUAUCUUUCCGUAGAAGUCACUUCUGUUAUCAUGAAGUGCUUUGAGGGGCUAGUUAAGGAUCAUAUCACCUCCACCUGUCCUCGACACCCUAGACCAGGAUUCCCCAACUGUUGGCCCGUGGAUGGUUUUAUUUGGCCCCCCAAGUUUUAUGAGCAAAAAAUAAAUACAAUUCCCACUCUAUGUAUGCAUGUACAGUUGAAGUCGGAAGUUUACAUACACUUAGGUUGGAGUCAUUAAAACUCGUUUUUCAACCACUCCACAAAUUUAGUUUUAACAAACUAUAGUUUUGGCAAGUCGGUUAGAACAUCUACUUUGUGCAUGACACAAGUAAUUCUUCCAACAAUUGUUUACAGAAAGAUUAUUUCACUUAUAAUUCACUGUAUCACAAUUCCAGUGGGUCAGAAGUUUACAUACACUAAGUUGACGGUGCCUUUAAACAGCUUGGUAAAUUCCAGAAAAUUAUGUCAUGGCUUUAGAAGCUUCUGAUAGGCUAAUUGACAUAAUUUGAGUCAAUUGGAGGUGUACUUGUGGAUGUAUUUCAAGGCCUACCUUCAAACUCGUGCCUCUUUGCUUGACAUCAUGGGAAAAUCCAAAGAAAUCAGCCAAGACCUCAGAAAAAGAAUUGUAGACCUCCGCAAGUCUGGUUCAUCUUUGGGAGCAAUUUCCAAACGUUCAUCUGUACAAACAAUAGUACGCAAGUAUAAACACCAUGGGACCACGCAGCCGUGAUAACGCUCAGGAAGGAGACGCGUUCUGUCUCCUAGAGAUGAACGUACUUUGAUGCGAAAAGUGCAAAUCAAUCCCAGAACAACUGCAAAGGACCUUGUGAAGAUGCUGGAGGAAACAAGUACAAAAGUAUCUAUAUCCACAGUAAAACGAGUCCUAUAUCGACAUAACCUGAAAGGCCACUCAGCAAGGAAGAAGCCACUGCUCCAAAACCGCCAUAAAAAAACCAGACUACGGUUUGCAACUACACAUGGGGUAGAGCACGGCGCUUGUAAUGCCAAGGUAGUGGGUUCGAUCCCCGGGACCACCCAUACACAAAAAAAAAUGUAUGCACGCAUGACUGUAAGUCGCUUUGGAUAAAAGCGUCUGCUAAAUGGCAUAUUAUUAUUAUUAUUGAAGAUCGUACUUUUUGGAGAAAUGUCCUCUGGUCUGAUGAAACAAAAAUAGAACUAUUUGGCCAUAAUGACCAUCGUUAUGUUUGAAGUAUCUAUAUCCACAGUAAAACUAGUCCUAUAUCGACAUAACCUGAAAGGCCGCUCAGCAAGGAAGAAGCCACUGCUCCAAAACCGCCAUAAAAAUGCCAAGACUAUGGUUUGCAACUGCACAUGGGGACAAAGAUCGUACUUUUUGGAGAAAUGUCCUCUGGUCUGAUGAAACAAAAAUAGAACUGUUUGGCCAUAAUGACCAUCGUUAUGUUUGAAGGAAAAAGGGGGUUGCUUGCAAGCCGAAGAACACCAUCCCAACCGUGAAGCACGGGGGUGGCAGCAUCAUGCUGUGGGGGUGCUUUGCUGCAGGAGGGACUGGUGCACUUCACAAAAUAGAUGGCAUCAUGAGGAAGGAAAAUUAUGUGGAUAUAUUGAAGCAACAUCUCAAGACAUCAGUCAGGAAGUUAAAGCUUGGUCACAAAUGGGUCUUCUAAAUGGACAAUGACCCCAAGCAUACUUCCAAAGUUGUGGCAAAAUGGCUUAAGGACAACAAAGUCAAGGUAUUGGAGUUGCCAUCACAAAGCCCUGACCUCAGUUACACCAGUUCUGUCAGGAGGAAUGGGCCAAAAUUCACCCAAAUUAUUGUGGGAAGCUUAUGGAAGGCUACUUGAAACGUUUGACCCAAGUUAAACAAUUUAAAGACAAUGCUACCAAAUACUAAUUGAAUGUAUGUAAACUUCUGACCCACUGAGAAUGUGAUGAAAUAAAUGAAAGCUGAAAUAAAUAAUUCUCUCUACUAUUAUUCUGACAUCUUAAAAUAAAGUGGUGAUCCUAACUGACCUAAGACAGGGAAUUUAUACUAGGAUUAAAUGUCAGGAAUUGUGAUAAACUGAGUUUAAAUGUAUUUGGCUAAGGUGUAUGUAAACUUCCGACUUCAACUGUAUGUAUGUAUGUAUGUAUGUACACUACCGUUCAAAAGUUUGGGGUCACUUAGAAAUGUCCUUGAUUUCGAAAGAAAAGCUAAUUUUUUGUCCAUUAAAAUAACAUCAAAUUGUUCAGAAAUACAGUGUAGACAUUGUUAAUGUUGUAAAUGGCUAUUGUAGCUGGAAACUAUUGAUUUUUAAUGGAAUAUCUACAUAGGCGUACAGAGGCCCAUUAUCAGCAACCAUCAGUCCUGUGUUCCAAUGACACGUUGUGUUUGCUAAUCCAAGUUUAUCAUUUUAAAAGGCUAAUUGAUCAUUAGAAAACCCUUUUGCAAUUAUGUUAGCACAGCUGAAAACUGUUGUGCUGAUUUAAAGAAGUAAUACAACUGGCCUUCUUGAGACUAGUUGAGUAUCUGGAGCAUCAGCAAUUGUGGGUUCGAUUACAGGCUCAAAAUGGCCAGAAACAAAGAACUUUCUUCUGAAACUCAUCAGUCUAUUCUUGUUCUGAGAAAUGAAGGCUAUUCCAUGCGAGAAAUUGCCAAGAAACUGAAGAUCUCGUACAACGCUGUGUACUACUCCCUUCACAGAACAGCGCAAACUGGCUCUAACCAGAAUAGAAAGAGGAGUGGGAGUCCCCGGUGCACAACUAAGCAAGAGGACAAAUAUAUUAGAGUGUCUAGUUUGAGAAACAGAUGCCUCACAGGUCCUCAACUGGCAGCUUCAUUAAAUAGUACCUGCAAAACACCAGUCUCAACGUCAACAGUGAAGAGGCGACUCUACUCUUGUCUCUAUUAUAAGUGGGAAUAUUUGAGAACAAAGAUUUCCAAAAAUAAAAAUUACUUAGCUGAUAUCCUGGUGUUUUUACAGUCUUUUAUGACCAACAAUAAUACAAAAUAAUAGUAAUAUAUAACUUUUUUUGGGUGAAUUUUCUUUGUUGCACCUGAGCUCAAUUUCGAGUCUCAUAGCGAAGGGUCUGAAUACUUAUGUAAAUAAGUUAUUUCUGUUUUUUUAUUUUUAACACAUUUCUAAACAUUUCUAAAAACCUGUUUGUGCAUUCUCAUUAUGGGGUAUUGUGUGUAGAUUGAUGUAAAAAAUAAAUAAUUUAAUCCAUUUAAGAAUAAGGCUGUAACGUAACUGUGGAAAAAGUAAAGGGGUCUGAAUACUUUCCCAAUGCACUAGUCAAGGCUCUUCCUAUAUAAGUACUGCUGUACACACCUUUUCUAUUCAUAUACUGUUCAUUCUGUCUAUUUCACACCAUUUUAUAUAUAUUCCAGACUCUGACAUUGCUCGUUCUGAUAUUUCUUAUUUCUUUCUUUUUAUUUUGGGGAUUUGUGUGUGGUGUUAGGUAUUACUGCACUGUUGGAGCUAGAAACAUAAGCAUUUCGCUGCACCCGCGAUAACAUAUGUGUAUGCGACCAGUAACGUUUGAAUUACUUUCUUCUCAUUUCCUUUUACGCUUGUCUUCCUCCUCCUCUUGUCUUUCUCCUUUUUUCUCUCAGCUCCAGUAGCAGACCAGGGGUAACCAAGGGAUGAAACGAGGGCUUCUCUCUCUCUCUCGUUGAUAUAAUUUAUUAAUCACAGUAGCUGAGCCUGCAGCAUUUAGAGGCCUCUCCUUGUUCUAUUAUGCACUGACACACUCAACAGAGCACUUGUGGCUAGUUGAAGCUCAAUUUUAGAUAUUGUUAUACAUGAUGUAUGCACAGCAAGUCAUUCAUGUCAAACCUACCACUACUGCAUGGUAGAGAGACCAAGUUCACAUAACUGUCUGAGGUUUUGUGUCGCAAUGGCGAAUCUGAAAUGGCAUAGUAGUGCACUGCUUAGGCUGGGGCCAAGGCCCCCUCUCCCAGGCUGCAGUCUUUUAUUCUCUACCAUGAUGAUGUUGAUGAUUGACAUGGCGAAUGAGAAUAUGAGGUUGGUAAUUAGAUAAUGAUAUUAUUGGUUGUUUCCUUGUUGUUUUCAGACACCUGGAUGUUGGAGUGAAGAAACAGGAGAGAAGAAGAGCAGACACCAGCGCUCGGCAUCUUGGGGCAGCGCCGACCAGCUCAAAGAGGUAAACACUCACUCACGCUUGCGUAUGCAUGCACGACACACACACACCACACUAAUACAUGUCAUAAGAAACCUUAACCAUUCGUAAGAAACUUGCAGCACUUUCCUAAUGACCAUUGGACCGAGGUGUUCUCAAAUCAACAAUGACAACAUACUGUACAGUAGGCCUCCAUGUAAAACUCAUUCAAUCUGUUAUCCUAGCACACUGUGCGUCAGUAUCUUGCUGUCAUCCUCCUUUAACCCAGACCUAGAUUCUGCCAGGUUGAGAUGACUUGAAGUUGACAUGACAACUAGAAUGUCAUCAGUCAAUGGGAAACUGCCUACGAUCUGCCAUGACAUGCCAUCUCGCUCUCGCUCUCGCUCCACACGGUGCCACCUUCUAUAUAUAACGUCCUGAAUGACUUCUGCAUGCUCAGGGCUUGUCUGUUCUAAUGCUGGGUGUCAGAGCCGUAGCGUAGUACCGGGCCGGGCGGUCGUUGUCUUAUCAUCCCCUCUCCGCUCCACCCUGGUGCUAUAUGGCCACAGGCAGGGAGGAGGCAAAUAAUACUAUCUAUCUCACCCUCAACUAACCAGAAACUUCUCCUCACAGCAACCAACCGCCAGCCCAGCCAUAACCCAACAGGCACUUUAUUGACAGGAAAGACAGCCAGGCAGACCUGAGAUUCCUCUAUCUUUCAGCCUCUCUAUUUCUCUGCCCUUUCUGUCUCUGUCUAUCGCCCUGUCUCCUCUCUCUCUCUCUCUCUCUCUCUCUCUCUCUCUCUCUCUCUACAAUUCAUAGGGCUUUAUUGGCAUGGUAAACAUAUGUUUACAUUGCCAAAGCAAGUGAAAUAUACAAUCCAAAAUGAACAGUAAACAUUACACUCACAAAAGUUUCAAAGGAAUAGAGACAUUUCAAAUGUCAUAUGGCUAUGUACAGUGUUAUAACAAUGUGCAAAUAGUUUAAGUACAAAAGGGAAAAUGAAUAAACAUAAAUAUGGGUUGUAUUUACAAUGGUGUUUGUACUUCACUGGUUGCCCUUUUCUGGAGGCAACAGGUCACAAAUCUUGCUGCUGUGAUGGCACACUGUGGUAUUUCACCCAGUAGAUAUGGGAGUUUAUCAAAAUUGGAUUUGUUUUCGAAUUCUUUGUGGGUCUGUGUAAUCUGAGGGAAAUAUGUGUUUCUAAUAUGGUCAAACAUUUGGCAGGAGGUUAGGAAGUGCAGCUCAGUUUCCACCUCAUUUUGUGGGCAGUAUGCAUAGCCUGUCUUCUCUUGAGAGCCAGGUCUGCCUAGAGCGGCCUCUCUCAAUAGCAAGGCUAUGCUCACUGAGUCUGUACAGUCGUGGUCGAAAGUUUUGAGAAUGACACAAGUAUUGGUCUUCACAAAGUUCGCUGCAUCAGUGUUAUGAUAUAUUUUUGUCAGAUGUUACUAUGGUGUAAUUAAAAGCAUUCCAUAAGUGUCAAAGGCUUUUAUUGACAAUUACAUUAAGUUUAUGCAAAGAGUCAAUAUUUGCAGUGUUGACCCUUCUUUUUCAAGACCUCUGCAAUCCGCCCUGGCAUGCUAUCAAUUAACUUCUGGGCCACAUCCCGACUAAUGGCAGCCCAUUCUUGCAUAAUCAAUGCUUGGAGUUUGUCAGAAUUUGUAGGUUUUUGUUUGUCCACCCGCCUCUUGAGGAUUGACCACAAGUUCUCAAUGGGAUUAAGGUCUGGGGAGUUUCCUGGCCAUGGACCCAUAAUGUCGAUGUUUUGUUCCCCGAGCCACUUAGUUAUCACUUUUGCCUGAUGGCAAGGUGCUCCAUCAUGCUGGAAAAGGCAUUGUUCAUCACCAAACUGUUCUUGGAUGGUUGGGAGAAGUUGCUCUCGGAGGAUGUGUUGGAACCAUUCCUUAUUCAUGGCUGUGUUCUUAAGCAAAAUUGUGAGUGAUCCCACUCCCUUGGCUGAGAAGCAACCCCACACAUGAAUGGUCUCAGGAUGCUUUACUGUUGGCAUGACACAGGACUGAUGGUAGCGCUCACCUUGUCUUCUCCGGACAAGGUGUUUUCCGGAUGCCCCAAACAAUCGGAAAGGGGAUUCAUCAGAGAAAAUGACUUUACCCCAGUCCUCAGCAGUCCAAUCCCUGUACCUUUUGCAGAAUAUCAGUCUGUCCCUGAUGUUUUUCCUGGAGAGAAGUGGCUUCCUCCAAAAGUCUUCGCCUCACUGUGUGUGCAGAUGCACUCACACCUGCCUGCUGCCAUUCCUGAGCAAGCUCUACACUGGUGGUGCCCCGAUCCCGCAGCUGAAUCAACUUUAGGAGACGGUCCUGGCGCUAUCUGGACUUUCUUGGGCGCCCUGAAGCCUUCUUCACAACAAUUGAACUUCUCUCCUUGAAGUUCUUGAUGAUCCGAUAAAUGGUUGAUUUAGGUGCAAUCUUACUAGCAGCAAUAUCCUUGCCUGUGAAGCACUUUUUGUGCAAAGCAAUGAUGAUGGCAAGUGUUUCCUUGCAGGUAACCAUGGUUAACAGAGGAAGAACAAUGAUUUCAAGCACCACCCUCCUUUUAAAGCUUCCAGUCUGUUAUUCUAACUAAAUCAGCAUGACAGAGUGAUCUCCAGCCUUGUCCUCAUCAACACUCUCACCUGUGUUAACAAGAGAAUCACUGACAUGUGUCAGUAGGUGCUGUAGGUGGGUGUGGUGCUGGAAUCAGGCGCAGGACGCAGAAAAUAAGUCCAAAAGACUUUAGUGAAGGCACAAACAAAUACACGAGCCAAAAGCCCUGAGGCGAGAAACUCCGCACGCAGGCGUAAACAAAAGGGCGCACUAAACAUGUGCGAUAAAUACUCUCCUUACAGAGGAGGAAAGCUACAAAGAGCAAACGGUAUACUGUAGAGCACAAGCACGACAGCGAAACAAUCACACACAACACCUGACUAACACAACGAGAACUUAUAGGACACUAAUGACGCUAAACGACAACAGGUGUACAAUUCCAGACAAGACCAAACGAACAUAGAAACAUACAACGGUGGCAGCUAGUAUUCCGGAGACGACGAACGCCGAAGCCUGCCCGAGCAAGGAAGAGAGGCAGCCUCGGCCGAAACCGUGACAGUACCCCCCCCCUUGACGCGCGGCUCCAGACGUGUGCCGACUCCGGCCUCGGGGACGACCAGGAGGACGCGGAGCAGGGCGCGUCGGGUGACUACGAUGGAAUUCUGUCAGGAGAGACGGGUCCAAAAUGUCUCUCCUCGGCACCCAGCACCGUUCCUCCGGGCCGUACCCCUCCCACUCCACCAGAUAUUGGAGACCCCCCAUCCGACGUCUCGAAUCCAAGAUGGACCGCACGGAGUACGCCGGUGCCCCCUCGAUGUCCAAUGGGGGCGGAGGAGUCUCCUUGAUCUCAUUUUCCUGGAGUGGGCCAGCUACCACCGGCCUGAGAAGAGACACAUGGAACGAGGGGUUAAUACUUUUAUACUCAACAGGUAGUUGUAAUCUGUAACACACCUCGUUCAAUCUUCUCAGGACUUUAAACGGCCCCACAAACCGCCGACCCAGUUUCCGACAGGGCAGGCGGAGGGCAGGUUUCUGGUAGAGAGCCAGACUCGAUCACCAGGUGCGUACACCGGUCCCUCACUGCGGUGGAGAUCGGCGCUUGCCUUUUGAUGACGGAGGGCCCGCUGCAGGUGGACGUGUGCAGCGUUCCACGUCUCCUCCGAGCGCCGCACCCACUCAUCCACCGCAGGAGCCUCGAUCUGGCUCUGCUGCCAAGGUGCCAGAACCAGCUGGUAACCUAACACACAUUGGAAAGGGGUUAGGUUAGUGGCGGAAUGGCGUAGGGAAUUCUGGGCCAUUUCUGCCCAGUGAACGUACCGUGCCCACUCCUCCGGCCGGUCCUGGCAGUAUGAUCUAAGAAACCUACCCACAUCCUGGUUCACACGUUCCACCUGCCCAUUACUCUCCGGAUGGUAACCCGAGGUGAGGCUCACCGAGACCCCCAACCGCUCCAUAAAGGCUCUCCAGACUCUGGAGGUAAAUUGGGGACCUCGAUCAGACACAAUAUCCUCGGGUACCCCGUAGUGCCGGAAAACAUGGGUGAAUAGCGCUUCGGCGGUCUGUAGGGCAGUAGGAAGGCCCGGCAUAGGGAGCAAACGACAGGCCUUAGAGAACCGGUCCACAACGACCAGUAUAGUAGUAUUCCCCUGUGAGGGAGGAAGGUCAGUGAUGAAGUCCACCGAGAGGUGAGACCAUGGUCGUUGUGGAACGGGCAGGGGUAGUAACUUACCCCUAGGCAGAUGUCUAGGCGCCUUACACUGGGCGCACACCGAGCAGGAGGAGACAUAAACCCUCACAUCCCUCGCCAACGUGGGCCACCAGUACUUAGCACUAAGGCAGUGCACUGUCCGGCCGAUACCAGGAUGUCCAGAGGAGGGUGACGUGUGAGCCCAAUAGAUCAAUCGAUCCCGAACCUCGAGCGGAACGUACUUCCGACCCUCCGGGCAUUGAGGUGGACUAGGGUCGGUGCGCAACGCCCGCUCGAGUUCAGCAUCGACCUCCCACACUACCGGUGCCACCAGACAAGACUCCGGCAGUAUGGGAGUGGGCUCCACGGACCUCUCCUCCGUGUCAUACCGCCGAGACAGUGCGUCUGCCUUACCGUUCUGUGACCCAGGGAUGUACGUGAUCUUAAAUACGAACCGGGUCAAAAACAUAUUCCACCGCGCCUGGCGAGGGUUCAGUCUCCUAGCUGCCCGGAUGUACUCCAGGUUACGGUGGUCCGUCAAAAUGAGGAAAGGGUGUUGAGCCCCCUCAAGCCAGUGCCUCCACACCUUUAGGGCCUGUACCACGGCUAACAGCUCCCUGUCCCCUACGUCAUAAUUUCGCUCCGCCGGACUGAGCUUCUUGGAAUAAAAAGCACAGGGGCGGAGUUUAGGUGGCGUGCCGGACCGUUGCGAAAGCACGGCUCCUAUACCGGCCUCUGACGCGUCCACCUCUACCUGAAAUGGUAAAGAGGGAUCCGGAUGCGCCAGCACCGGAGCCGAGGUAAACAGGUCCUUCAGCCUCCCAAACGCCCUGUCCGCCUCGGCUGACCACUGCAAACGCACCGGACCCCCCUUCAAAAGAGACGUUAUGGGAGCUGCCACCUGUCCAAAACCCCGGAUAAACCUCCGGUAGUAAUUCGCAAACCCCAAAAACUGCUGCACCUCCUUCACAGUGGUUGGCGUUUGCCAAUUACGCACGGCUGACACCCGGUCUACCUCCAUCUUCACCCCUGACGCAGACAACUGAUAACCCAAAAAGGAGACCGACUCCUGGAAAAACAGACACUUCUCUGCCUUGACAUACAGGUCGUGCUCCAACAGCCUCCGCAACACUCGGCGCACCAGAGCCACAUGCUCGACUCGGGUAGACGAGUACACGAGAAUGUCAUCUAUGUACACGACCACCCCCUGCCCCUGCAUGUCCCUGAAUAUCUCAUCCACGAAUGAUUGGAAAACUGAAGGAGCGUUCAUCAACCCGUAUGGCAUGACAAGAUACUCGUAAUGGCCCGAGGUAGUACUAAAGGCUGUCUUCCAUUCAUCGCCCUCCCUAAUGCGCACCAAGUUGUACUCCUGAGAUCUAAUUUAGUGAAGAAACGCGCCCCGUGCAAUGACUCCGUCAUGGUCGCAAUCAGCGGAAGUGGAUAACUGUACUUCACCGUGAUCUGAUUGAGACUACGGUAAUCAAUGCACGGGCGUAACCCUCCAUCCUUUUUCUUCACAAAAAAGAAACUCGAGGACGCAGGGGAAGUGGAUGGCCGUAUGUAUCCUUGUCUCAGAGAUUCGUCUAUGUAAGUCUCCAUAGCUCUCUUCUCCUCCUGAGACAGAGGAUACACAUGGCUCCGUGGGAGCGCAGCUCCUGCCUGGAGGUCUAUCGCACAAUCUCCCUGCCUAUGGGGAGGCAACUGCGUCGCCCUCGACUUACUGAACACAAUAGCCAAAUCCCCAUACUCAGGGGGAACGUGCAAUGCGGGCACCUGGUUUGGACUCUCCACCGAGGUAGCCCCUACGGAAAUGCCUAAACAUCGACCCACACACUGGUCAGACCACUCCAUCAGAGCCCUCUCCUGCCACGAAAUAGACGGGUUAUGGAUACUCAACCAGGGCAUGCCCAGCACCACCGGAUACGCAGGCGAGUCGAUCAGAAAUAGCUGGAUCAUCUCCUGAUGACCCCCCUGCGCACACAUCCUAAGUGGCGCCGUGACCUCCCUGAUCAAGCCCGAUCCCAACGGACGGCUAUCUAGGGCAUGAACGGGGAAUGGGACGUCAACAGGAAGAAGGGGAAUCCCUAAAUCUAAACAAAAUUUCCUAUCAACAAAAUUCCCAGCCGCGCCUGAAUCUACCAGCGCCUUAUGCUGGGAAUGAGGUGCUACCUGUGGAAAACGCACAGGUAUACAGAAGUGCGCAACAGAGAGCUCUGGGUGAGUGGGGCGCCUACUCACCUGGAAGGACUCCCCAGUGCGGGGCCUGUCGUCUUCUCCCCUAGGAGGCCGUCCCCAGCACCUAGCCGCGGUGUGUCCUCCACGGCCACAGUUGGUGCAGGAGACGGGCCCCCUCGUACUCCGACCCCUCCUCUCUCUAGCGCCAGCGCCCCCAAGCUCCAUGGGGCUCGGCUCGGAGGCGCUGGAGGGUGAAAUGGACGGACCUCCCUCGGGACGUCCGCGGGUAGCCAGCAGGGUGUCCAGCCUGAUGGACAUGUCGACUAACUGGUCGAAAGAGAGACUGGUGUCCCGACAGGCCAGCUCCCGACGGACGUCCUCACGUAGACUACAGCGGUAGUGAUCGAUGAGGGCCCGCUCAUUCCACCCUGCAUCCGCCGCUAGAGUACGGAAUUCUAACGCGAACUCCUGGGCACUCCUCUUCCCCUGCCGGAGGCAGAACAGACGCUCCCCCGCCGCUUUCCCCUCCGGUGGAUGGUCAAACACCGCCCUGAAGCGGCGGGAGAACUCAGCGUAUGUGAUGGUGGUAGUGUCUAUCCUCCUCCACUCGGCGUUGGCCCAUUCUAACGCCUUGCCGGAAAGGCAGGAGAUGAGGGCGGACACGCUCUCGUGUCCCGAGGGCGCCGGGUGCACGGUGGCCAGGUAAAGCUCCACCUGGAGAAGGAAGCCCUGACACCCGGCAGCGGUCCCAUCGUAGGCCCUCGGGAGCGAGAGUCGAAUUCCCCUGGGUUCCGGAGCGGGAAUGGGCUGACUGGCUGAUGGUGAUGGCAGGGAAGGUGGAGUUGGGGGUGUCCCUCGGGUCUCCCAGCGUUGGAGUGUGUUGAUAACAUCCUGCAGGGCGGUCCCGAUCCGCAGGAUCUGGUCAUUCUGCUCCCGGACCCGAUCCUCCAACGUCUCCUGUGCUGCUGCGGCUCCUGCUGAUUCCAUUCAGAAUGUUGUGUGAUUCUGUCAGUAGGUGCUGUAGGUGGGUGUGGUGCUGGAAUCAGGCGCAGGACGCAGAAAAUAAGUCCAAAAGACUUUAGUGAAGGCACAAACAAAUACACGAGCCAAAAGCCCUGAGGCGAGAAACUCCGCACGCAGGCGUAAACAAAAGGGCGCACUAAACAUGUGCGAUAAAUACUCUCCUUACAGAGGAGGAAAGCUACAAAGAGCAAACGGUAUACUGUAGAGCACAAGCACGACAGCGAAACAAUCACACACAACACCUGACAAACACAACGAGAACUUAUAGGACACUAAUGACGCUAAACGACAACAGGUGUACAAUUCCAGACAAGACCAAACGAACAUAGAAACAUACAACGGUGGCAGCUAGUAUUCCGGAGACGACGAACGCCGAAGCCUGCCCGAGCAAGGAAGAGAGGCAGCCUCGGCCGAAACCGUGACAACAUGAUGGCAGCUGGUCCUUUUGUGGCAGGGCUGAAAUGCAGUGGAAAUGUUUUUUGGGGAUUAAGUUCAUUUUCAUGGCAAAGAGGGACUUUGCAAUUAAUUGCAAUUCAUCUGAUCACUCUUCAUGACAUUCUGAAGUAUAUGCAAAUUGCCAUCAUCAAAACUGAGGCAGCAGACUUUGUGAAAAUUAGUAUUUGUGUAAUUCUCAAAACUUUUGACCAUAGUCAAAGCUUUCCUUAAUUUUGGGUCAGUCACCGUGGUCAGGUAUUCUGCCACUGUGUACUCUGUUUAUCGCCAAAUAGCAUUCCAGUUUGCUCUGUUUUUUGGUAAAUUCUUUCCAAUGUGUCAAGUAAUUAUCUUUUAGUUUUCUCAUGAUUUGGUUGGGUCUAAUUGUGUUGCUGUCUUGGGGCUCUGUGGGGUCUGUUUGUGUUUGUGAACAGAGCCCCUGGACCAGCUUGCUUAGGGGACUUUUCGCUAGGAAUAAUCUCUCUGUAGGUGAUGGCUUUGUUAUGGAAGGUUUGGGAAUCGCUUCCUUUUAGGUGGUUGUAGAAUUUUACGUCUCUUUUCUGGAUAUUGAUCAUUAGCGGGUAUCGGCCUAAUUCUGCUCUGCAUGCAUUAUUUAUUUAACUUUGUACACGGAGGAUGUUUUUGCAGAAUUCUGCAUGCAGAGUCUCAAUUUGGUGUUUGUCCCAUUUUAUGAUUUCUUGGUUGGACCCCAGACCUCACAAACAUAAAGGGCAAUUGGUUCUAUAACUGAUUCAAGUAUUUUUUGCCAGAUCCUAAUUGGGAUGUCGAAUUUUAUGUUCCUUUUGAUGGCGUAGAAGGCCCUUCUUGCCUUGGCUCUCAGAUCAUUCACAGCUUUGUGGAAGUUACCUGUGGUGCUGAUGUUUAGGCCAAGGUAGGUAUAGUUUUUUGUGUGCUCUAGGGCAAUGGUGUCUAGAUGGAAUUGGUAUUUGUGGUCCUGGCAACUGGACUUUUUUUGGAACACCAUUAUUUUUGUCUUACUGAGAUUUACUGUCAGGGCCCAGGUCUGACAGAAUCUGUGUAGAAGUUCUAGGUGCUGCUGUAGGCCCUCCUUGGUUGGGGACAGAAGCACCAGAUCAUCAUCAAACAGUAGACAUUUGACUUCAGAUUCUAUAAGGGUGAGGCCGGGGACUGCAGACUGUUCUGUUCUGUGUCCCCGAGUGGCGCAGUGGUCUAAGGUACUGCAUCGCAGUGCUAGCUGUGCCACUAGAGAUCCUGGUUCGAAUCCAGGCUCUGUCGUAGCCGGCCGCGACCGGGAGACCCAUCGGGCGGCGCACAAUUGUCCCAGCGUCGUCCAGGGUAGGGGAGGGAAUGGCCGGCAGGGAUGUAGCUCAGUUGGUAGAGCAUGGCGUUUGCUACGCCAGGGUUGUGGGUUCGAUUCCCACGGGGGGGCCAGUAUGAAAAAAAAAAAUAUAUAUAUAUAAAAUAAUAAUGUAUGCACUCACUUAACUGUAAGUCGCUCUGGAUAAGAGCGUCUGCUAAAUGACUAAAAUGUAAAUGUAAAAAUGUAGUGCCCUCGCCAAUUUGUUGAUAUAUAUGUUGAAGAGGGUGGGGCUUAAACUGCAUCCCUGUCUCACCCCACGGCCCUGUGGAAAGAAAGGUGUGUUUUCCUUUGCCAAUUUUAGCUGCACACUUGUUGUUUGAGUACAUGGAUUUUAUUAUGUUGUAGGUUUUUCCCCCAACACCGCUUUCCAUCAGUUUGUAUAGCAGACCCUCAUGCCAAAUUGAGUCAAAAGCUUUUUUGAAAUCAACAAAGAAUGAGAAGACUUUGCCUUAGUUUUGGUUUGUUUGUUUACCAAUUAGGGUGUGUAGUGUGAAUACAUGGUCUGUUGAAGGGUAAUUUGGUAGAAUUGCUCUCUCUCUCGCUCUCUCUCUCUCUCUCUCUCUCUCUCUCUCUCUCUCUCUCUCUCUCUCUCUCUCUCUCUCUCUCUCUCUCUCUCUCUCUCUCUCUCUCUCUCUCUCUCUCUGUGUUUUCUCUCUCCCUCCCUAGUUUAGCAGAGGGAGAACAGUUAAGAUAGUAGUGCUCAGGCAUGUUCCUUAGUAGCAGUAAUGGAGCUUGGAGCUGUAGUGCAGAGGUUGAGGUCCCCUUCAGUUACACCAUGAUUGUUUGUAGGCCUAUAUAACCUCAAAAGAGAUCCCAGGGUUGUUAAGUGACCGUAAUCCUAAUCUUAUAGACCUCACUAUUUACCAACACUUCCUCUCACUUAACUCUUGUUAUGUUCUUAUUUCCUCAGCGUUACAUAGGAUGUACUCACUCUACUUUAAACACUGUGUAAAUUGCUGCCCAGCCCAGCUGAAUGUCUUAAAACUCUCACACACACACCGUAAUGCCGCAGAGACAACAUGUUUGUUGACUUACCAUGUAACGCUGCCGCACAAUGAACACAUUCAUACUCUGACUGGGUUUUCAGUUAGCUUCUGUUUACUAGAUGUACUAGCGGUAUGUAUUUUUAAGUGAAUCGCUGGGAAAGUAUAGGGAGAGGAAGAGGAAGAAUAUGUGACCGACCGGCUCGAUUCGGUCUUAUGUAGCAAAAUGAAAUUGUGUUUUUUACAUUGGAUAAAAGUAGAGACUCAGAGCUAGAAAAUGGCAUAUCAUACACUACAGUUGAGGAACAAUGGGAAAGUAAUUCUGCUUUGAAAGUUGAUAAACUUGUAACUGCACUUUUGAGAAAAUUGCCCUUGAAUAUUUUGGUACACCUACUGGAGAGCUCUUCUUUGUCCCAUUCAGUAUCAUUCACACCCUCUUAAGCCUUAGACCCACCCAUCUCUUUAAGGAUCUGCAGAUAGCUAACUAACUAGGUUCAAUGUUAGCUAGCUAGCUAACAUUAUGCUAUAACUAGCAAUGCAAAUGGCUCUGCGAUACGAAUAAUAUUACUACACAGGUCAUACACGUAACGUUAGUGAUCCAGCCAGCCAGCUAGCUAGCUAGCAGUAUGGAUUUAACUUGCAAUGAAAACGACUUUCUGACAACAUUUACAUUUACAUUUUAGUCAUUUAGCAGACGCUCUUAUCCAGAGCGACUUACAGUUAGUGAGUGUAUACAUUAUUUUUUAUUUAUUUUAUUUUUCAUACUGGCCCCCCGUGGGAAUCGAACCCACAACCCUGGCGUUGCAAACACCAUGCUCUACCAACUGAGCUACAUCCCUGCCGGCCAUUCUCUCCCCUACCCUGGACGACGCUGGGCCAAUUGUGCGCCACCCAAUGGGUCUCCCGGUCGCGGCCGUCUACGACAGAGCCUGGAUUAGAAAUGUAUAAUAUUUGAAAAUGUAGCUAGCUAGACUCUCUUACUCGUAUACAUGGAUGAACGCUUCUCCCUCUCUGUCACGGAUGCCAUGGUUGCCCUUAGUUUGAAGAUGUAAUCUGGCGACAGGUGUUUUAUAUAACAGCCUUCUGUGUUCUCUUUUCAACUCCAUCCGCAUAUUUGUAAUCAAACGCCAGAAUUUUCUCCAUCUCCUUAGCUCUCAUACUCUGCUUCCACCGGGCAUUCCACUGACUUCAAAGCUCGGUCCUCCCGAAAGUUCUUCGUGAUAUAUUUCAAAAAAGCUGUGUUAGAAAGGAUUACCUAGACAUACUGACUAGCUCAUGUCAUGGACAGAAGCGUGCUACAUGGCAGACCUAUUCAAACUCAUCUCUAGGCAUGUCCAGCCGAUCCAUUAUCUCAGCCAAUCAUGGCUAGCGGGAAGUUUCCUUUCUUUUUCCGUGGCUACACCAUCUAGGCUCGUAAUUUAACAAUUUUAUUCGUAUUUACAGAUGACAUACAAGUUUGUUAUAAGGCACAUGAAAGUUCACAUGUUCCAGAAGGCAUUUCUCCCAAAAAAAGCAUUUUGAUAAAAAAUCAUGUUUACAUUCAAAUGCCUCUCCUGUGAAGUAGUGACACGUGACAUAAGCCUAGUUUCUUGAAACAAGUCACAUAUAAGCGCUUGAGUGAGUUUGCAGUAUGUGUGUUUGAGUUGGUGUAUUCAGGAGUGAUGUUGGUGCUGGAAUAAAGCAGUCGAGCAACACUGAUUAUAUUACAUGUAGGGUUUUCUUUCUUCGCUAUCUUUCUUUUGGGCCCAGCAUCAUAUAUAGGAGAGAUUUGUGAUGUGUCUAUUAUCGCGUACUGAUUCUUGAGUUAUCUGGAAAGCUGACUAACUGUUGAGUGCACCAGGUCCACUAUGGCUAAAGAAAGUGGAUCACAUAUCAGCCCGUCCAUUCAGACAGAGCCUCCUUUGAUAAGCCCCUGUUAGGCUGGGUGUUUGUGUUGUGUUGCUAUAGUGAAAUGACUUGGUGGAAGAGGACAAGUUGAAGGACGGUUUGUGUAAAUGCAUUGUGAAAAUAGCAUGUGUUGCUGGUGUAAGAGGUGACCUGUGUUGUGUUGCUAUAGUAAAAUUACUGCAAUGACUGCGCCUACAAUGACUUCUGUGUAAAGGCACAGGGAAAAUAACAUGUCUGGGCUUGUCUGGUCUGGUAGUGAGAUGCUACAUACAUAACAUUUUGCAGAUAGAUUGUGGGUUCUAUCAAGGUAAUUUUUGCAUCAUUUCCAAUCCCCCAUAUAUAUUCUUACUAAUCUGCUGGAGAACCAGUUUGUAUUUAAGUAUACAUUUUGUCAGGGACGGCCUGUUCAAUAGGGCGAUAUGGGCGACGCACUGCCAAACGGGAAAAGGAAGGGAUUUUUUUUCUAAUCAAUUAUAUCACGGCAACAGUAGUUAUCAGUGUUCACGUCUGAUCUGCCAGCCACUAAAUGUCAAAUCAGGCUAAAGUCGUGCUUCAAAUGGCCCCGCCCGUUUUUGGGGCGAUUUCAGUCAAGUUGAAAAUCGCCCAGAAGUCUCUCAUAGCCUGUCAUGUAAAAUCUAUUUUUUUCAAAUUUCAAAGCUUUCAAUACAUUCUCUAUGGGUGUCUGUGGGCUUGCACUUACGCGCUUUCGUCAUACGUGACGUAACCAUGAACGUAACUAAGACAAUAGCGGCUAGCAGCGUCUCUGUUGCGACCUGCAGUGUGGCGUUAUUUUAUGUUUUUAAUUUGUAGACUUAGUUUACAAACAUUCUGCCAACCAUGGAUUUCCAGUGGUUGGUUUUGGACUGAUCUUGUUGAUCGUGUACAUACCCGCUACGAACGGACUAAAUAAUGAAAACGCUGCUGGCAGCGGAAUCCCAAUACAGCUGGGAGACUUGGCUGGAUGACAGAGUCCCGGACAGAGAAGUGGAGCCGGCCGGCUUCACCCUGGUCAGAGCGGACCGCGAUCCUGGUAAGAGAGCGACUCUGUACCCCGACAUUGAACUGCUUUCUGUGUCAUUGCGACCUUACUAUCUGCCCCGUGAGUUCCCCCAAUUGUUUGUUACCGUUGUGUACUGUUGAUAAUCACAAGUUUACUGGAGAACUGAGACCAAGUAGAGACUUUGGACAGGGUGGAUAUGGUAUAAUAAAGGCAGUUUAUUCAGAGGUAAAGAUAUCUGGAAUCGCGUGCACGGACUCGUUCGUCAAACUCUUAGGGAGAAGAGAGCCCCGAAAACAUUGUGUGCAGACAUUUUAUACAAUAAAUGAUGUAGGUUGAAUCUAGUAGUUCUGAUCUUCUGAUUGGUCCUGAUGAGUUGGGCGAGGUCCCCUCCACUGUUGCAUUGGCUCUGAGUCGGGUUCUCUGUCUUCAAAUGUUCAGCCUAAAGAGAGGGGAUUUUUGUGUGUGUGUGUGUGUGUGUGUUUAACAGUGAUGAUGUGUGUGUGUGUGUGUGUUAUCAGUGAUGAUGUGUGUGUGUGUGUGUGUGUGUGUGUGUCCUCAGAGCAAGAACUCGUGAGUUGGAAGAACUGAGAGACCUAUGGCGUGGGUGUUGUCCUUGGCCACCUGCUGACAAGGCUGACAAGAUAGGACUCUUUUGUCCAUUGUUAUAGGAUAGGAACAGCAUUGAUUGAAAACAAACGCCCAACACAAAAUGGGUCAUGCACAAGAUUUUAGUCAGACCAAGCUAUAACAUUAUAUAUUUACUACGACAGUACAUUCAACCAAAAGCUAAUAUAACAAAGGCAUCAGAGAUUAUUUAUAAUCUGUCACAGAAACUGGAAUCCAUCUCCCCAGAUCAGUCAAUAAAUGCUUCUGGUAUUGACUUAUAUGCUGCCCCUGUCUUCAUGUUGUUGCUGGACAUAUCUUUUUUAAAAUGUGUGUAGGUCACCUAAAUCAUCAGAAAAAUUGCCCCUCCUGAGAAUUUUUUCAGGAGCCGCCACUGCAUUUUGUAUAACUAAAGUAUUUAGUGAGAGGUUCAAUUCUUUAACAUUUAAUAAUUGUAGCCCUCCAAAUUCAUAUUAAUUAUAUAAAUAGGCCCGUUUAAUUUUGUCUUACUUGCCGUUCAAAAUAAAGUCAACAUGUUUGCUCAUAUAAUUUUAAAAACAAGUCAUCCGGUGUAGGCAGGCCAUCAGUAAAUAGGUAAGCUGGGAUAUGACUAAAGAAUGAAUCAGGGUGAUUUUUACACAAAUGGACAAGGGUUUACCUUUCCAUGGUAGCAAGAUCUUAUCUAUUUUUGCUAACAGAGUAUGUCCACUUCACCAUCAGACAAUUUUAUUUGUAAACUACACGGUAAUGUAAAAGUUGUGUUUUUUAUUGAUCCAAUACGUAAUAUGGUACAUUUAUCAUAGUUCGGUUUGUAAUCCAAAGAGGUUAGAGAAAUGAUCUAGAUCCUCUGAGGCUGUGCAGGGAUCCAUAUUGUGCAUUUAAAAGAAAACAUGAGUCAUCAGCAUACAAUGACACUUGAAACCCUACCUCUUUAAGGAAUACCUGGAAUAGUAUAACAGUAAUCCUUCUCCCCCCCCUCCCCCACCCCACCAUAAAAAUAAAUAAAAAAGGAGUGGUUGUCCCACUGGCUAUAAGGUGAAUGCACCAAUUUGUAAGUCGCUCUGGAUAAGAGCGUCUGCUAAAUGACUUAAAUGUAAAUGUAAUGACCUUUGUUUAAGGCCCUGGAUUUCUAGCCCCUUGAUAUUACUGUUCUAUCUGGUUUUAAUAGCUAACAUUUCGAUGGCAAUAAUAAAUAGAUAUGCCGAUAUUGGACAACCUUGUUUUACCCUCUUGACAGUUUAAUACUUUCUGAGUAGCCAUUAUUGACUAUUUUACACCUGGGGUUAGGUAUUGGACAACCUUGUUUUACCCUCUUGACAGUUUAAUACUUUCUGAGUAGCCAUUAUUGACUAUUUUACACCUGGGGUUAGGAUUGACUAUUUUAAGCAACUGUUCAUCUGAUUUGCCAUUAACUGUACUGUGCUUCUAUCUGACAUACGAAAGGCCCCCACAUGUCUGAGAAUUCAAAAGAGUCUUUUGGCAAUUGGAACUUCCCUCUGUGGGCUAAUAUGGAUGCAAAAUGAUAAAGACAAACAUUUGGGUCAAAGAUAUACCUAGAGCUACACAGGACAGGGUCAAAGAUAUACCUAGAGCUACACAGGACAGGGUCAAAGAUAUACCUAGAGCUACACAGGAAAGGGUCAAAGAUAUACCUAGAGCUACACAGGACAGGAGUUCUAGCCCUUUAGUCAUUAUUGGUCAGAGCACAGGGGAUUCUCAAACCAGAUAAGGAAGCCAAUACAUAGUCAUAUCUUCUGUUAGAUGCACAGCUUAGCACAGUCUGUGGGUCUUUCAAAGGUUUGAACAGCACCAUGCAAAUGAAAUAUAUCAUAAAUGGCCUUUUAUGAUGCGUUUGCAUACUCUUCCUUUAGCUAUUAGAUCAAUGACUAGCCUACCAGCUAGUCUCCUUUUAGAUGUACCUAGGGACUGCACAGCAGCUCCAGCUAUACAUGUUAAUCUGAUUCAUUCAUUACUGGAGCUGCCUGCCCUGAGCUAUGGCGACCCCUGGGGGAUAUAUGGGGUUAUGUCAAAAACGUGAGACAAAAGAAGUUAAUCUGUUAACAUGUUACUAUUCCUUUCUCUCUCUUUCCAAGUGUUUAUUUUCUUUCUCUUUGUCUCUCUGUCUUUCUCACUCUCCCUCUCUUCUCUUCUUCUCCCUCUCUCCACUUCCUUUCCUCCCCCUCCUCUUCCUCCUUCCUUUCCUCCUCCUCUGUUCUCCUCAGCAGAUAGCCAAGCUCCGGCAGCAGCUGCGUGGCAGUAGUAAGCAGCAGCAGGGAGGUCGUCAGUCUCAGUGUCAAAGAGACAAAGACAGCCUGUCUCCUUUACAGGGACCUAUCAACACCACCAUCAACAUCACGGCCAACCAAGCACAGGUAAGGCACACUACUGCCAUCCAGACCUGAGUUCAUAUAUAUAUAUAUAUAUAAUAUAUAUAUAUAUAUGUGUUAUAUUAUAUUAUAAUAUAUACAUACAGUUGAAGUCGGAAGUGUACAUACACCUUAGCCAAAUACAUUUAAACUCAGUUUUUCACAAUUCCUGACAUUUAAUCCUAGUAAAAAUUCCCUGUUUUAGGUCAGUUAGGAUUACCACUUUAUUUUAAGAGUGUGAAAUGUCUGAAUAAUAGUAGAGAGAAUGAUUUAUUUAAGCUUUUAUUUCUUUCAUUACAUUCCCAGUGGGUCAGAAGUUUACGUACACUCAAUUAGUAUUUGGUAGCAUUGCCUUUAAAAUUCUUUAACUUGGGUCAAACGUUUUGGGUAGCCUUCCACAAGCUUCCCACAAUAAGUUGUGUGAAUUUUGGCCCAUUCCUCCUGACAGAGCUGGUGUAACUGAGUCAGGUUUGUAGGCCUCCUUGCUCGCACACACUUUUUCAGUUCUGCCCACAAAUGUUCUAUAGGAUUGAGGUCAGGGCUUUGUGAUGGCCACUCCAAUACCUUGACUUUUUUGUCCUUAAGCCAUUUUGCCACAACUUUGGAAGUAUGCUUGGGGUCAUUGUCCAUUUGGAAGACCCAUUUGCGACCAAGCUUUAACUUCCUGACUGAUGUCUUGAGAUGUUGCUUCAAUAUAUCCACAUAAUUUUCCUUCCUCAUGAUGCCAUCUAUUUUGUGAAGUGCACCAGUCCCUCCUGCAGCAAAGCACCCCCACAGCAUGAUGCUGCCACCUCCGUGCUUCACCGUUAGGAUGGUGUUCUUCGGCUUGCAAGGAACCCCCUUUUUCUUUCAAACACAACAAUGGUCAUUAUGGCCAAACAGUUCUAUUUUUGUUUCAUCAGACCAGAGGACAUUUCUCCAAAAAGUACGAUCUUUGUCCCCAUGUGCAGUUGCAAACCGUAGUCUUGCCAUUUUUAUGGCGGUUUUGGAGCAGUGGCUUCUUCCUUGCUGAGCAGCCUUUCAGGUUAUGUCGAUAUAGGACUCGUUUUACUGUGGAUAUAGAUACUUUUGUACCUGUUUCCUCCAGCAUCUUCACAAGGUCCUUUGCUGUUGUUCUGGGAUUUAUUUGCACUUUUCGCACCAAAGUACGUUCAUCUCUAGGAGACAGAACGUGUCUCCUUCCUGAGCGGUAUGACGGCUGCGUGGUCCCAUGGUGUUUAUACUUGCGUACUAUUGUUUGUACAGAUGAACGUGGUACCUUCAGGCAUUUGGAAAUUGCUCCCAAGGAUGAACCAGACUUGUGGAGGUCUACAAUUCAUUUUCUGAGGUCUUAGCUGAUUUAUUUUGAUUUUCCCAUGAUGUCAAGCAAAGAGGCACUGAGUUUGAAGGUAGGCCUUGAAAUACAUCCACUGGGUACACCUCCAAUUGACUCAAAUGAUGUCAAUAAGCCUAUCAGAAGCUUCUAAAGCCAUGACAUCAUUUUCUGGAAUUUUCCAAGCUGUUUAAAGGCACAGUCAACUUAGUGUAUGUAAAUUUCUGACCCACUGAAAUUGUGAUACAGUGAAUUAUAAGUGAAAUAAUCUGUCUGUAAACAAUUGUUGGAAAAAUUACUUGUCAUGCACAAAGUAGAUGUCCUAACCGACUUGCCAAAACUAUACCUUGUUAACAAGACAUUUGUGAAGUGCUUGAAAAACAAGUUUUAAUGACUCCAAUCUAAGUGUAUGUAAACUUCCAACUUCAACUGUAUAUUAUAUAUAUAUAUAUAUAUAUAAUCUGUCAAAUACUUUAGCGGUAUGCGUGAUUUAGCUUGCUGGGCGGAAUGGAAUCAAUGCAAUCGGACCAAAAGUGCAAACCCAAUACGCCAGGGAAGCUUAAUCACAAAAACUCUGCCCUGCUUAAAAUAUGUGUAAUGUUGAGAUGUUGUUUUUGAAUGUCUCGGCGGUUGUGUCCCUGGGCCCUACAGUGGUCCUGCAUGUCUACGUCGUCCCAGAUGUCCAACAUGACGGUGUCCAAGCCCUCCAUCACCAGAGUGCCCAGCAGCAUGGAGGGAAUCAACCACGAGCUGGAGAAGGUCUUCAUCAGAGACAACAACGGAGAGAAGGAGGAGCUCAAGGUUGGGGGACGGACUGUUAGAUUCAUGCAAUCACAUAUUUACAAUAUACACUCUCACACAAUACUAGCGGUGGCCACUCGCAGUCAAGCAUGACAUCAGUCAUGGGCUGGAUGUGUCAAUGUGUAGUUCAUACAUGUAUACUUUAUAAGCAGAAUUACUGUCUUAACUCAAUUAGCCAAAAAAUCCCUAGUUUGAAAGUGACUGUUUUCUCUACAUUUAGAGCUUGCAAGAAAGGCAUUUCACUGUACUUGUGCACGUGACAUUAAAACUUGAAACUUUAAAAUCGUGUGUCUGGAGGGGACUAAGAAGACACGCACACAACCACUCAUGCACCUGCUGUGUCACUGUAAAUGCUAUUACUUGUAGUACUCAAUGACGAAACAUCUCUCUCACUUGCUCUCUCUCUUUUUUUUCUUCACUCCCUGUCCUCCCCCGCCCUCCCCCAGGUGUUGGAGGUACCAGACGGGCGGCGAGCCCCCUUCCCCCCCCAGCAGCGUAGCAGCAGUACCCGUAGCGUGGACACACAGACCCCGUCUGCCCCCGGCCGCUCCAGCAGUAGUUCCAGCCUGUCCCCCUGUCCCUCUCCCGCCUGCCCCCCGGGGUCCGGCUCACACGGGGGGAGCCCUUACUCCACCGACGAUCUGCUCUACGACAGGGAUAAAGGUAGGAUUGUCAGGAUGCUCUCUCAGACCAGGGGCAAGGCCUCUAUUUUCCAUUGGACAUCCUGUCGUUGUGCCUUUGAGCAAGGCUCUGAACUCCUAACGUGGAAUGUGUUUGUGUCUUGUCCGGGGGGUUGGCAGUAGGGCAAAAGGCAAAUGUAAUCUUAUUUUCUGACUGUUUCUGACCAUUGUCUCUGUCUCUCUGUCUACAGACAGUGGCAGUAGCUCUCCGCUGCCUAAGUUUGCCUCGUCUCCUAAGCCCAACAACAGCUACAUGUUCAAGAGAGAACCACCAGAGGGCUGUGAGAAAAUCAAGGUGUUUGAGGAAAUGAGGUAAGUACAGAAAGAGACCAGAGAGCUUUUAGGAUCUUUUUUAUUGCACUAAAUUUUCCAAGUUGUUGAUACUGAACGUCAGUUACGCAUACAUGUCAUGAAAAGAGUUAACACACCGUCUCUUACUUUUACAUUUGUCUGUCCAGCUCCAGGCAGUCAGCGUCCGUCCCUCUCUUCUCCUGCCCCGACAAGAACAAGGUCAAUUUCAUCCCCACCGGCUCCGCCUUCUGCCCUGUCAGACUGACCCCCGGCACCCUGCACCUCUCUGUGACCUCUCACCCCGACGACGACCCCGAGGCCGGCCCCAGCUCAAUGACAUCAGCAUUCUGCCGCGUCCUCCCCACUCAGGUCCACACCUCCACCAGCACAGACGACGCUCCCACCCCCGAGGAGGCUGCCACUGCAACGCCCACAUCGCCCCAGCAGGGGGAGCCACAAGAGACUGCCCCCCAGACAGACUGCCUGGCCAUCAGCUAG